AUGAAGAAGAAAAGCGACUAUAGAGGUACAUGAAAAAGAUUUGCAAAAUUAUGUGUGGUGUGGAGAAACUCUGAGGGUUUUCUCCUAUACUAGAUUUUGAACCCGGUUGAAACCAAUUGGCAGGAGAAUCAGGAUAGACAAAGGAAAUUAGGUUUUUGACACGGCACCUAAUUAAUUUAUGGAACUUGCUGCCACAAUAUGAUGUCAUGGUCAGUAGUUUAGUUGCCUUUGAAAGGGGAUUAGACAAAUAAAUGAAGCAUAAGUCUAUCAGUUUCUAUAAAGAUCCAUGAUGGCUAUGUGCACUUUUUAAGAGGAAAUAAAGUAUGCCAAUGAAUACCAGGUGCUUCAAGGACAGUUGCUUGUUUGUCACCUCAGCCUAGCCAUUGUAGAAAAUGAGAUGCUGGAAUAGAUGACUAUUGGACUAAUUCAGCAGGGAUCUUGCAGAGUACAACUAUGUAUAGUGUUACUUACUAGAUCACACAAGAGAGAGAGCGUCCCUUUACAGGGACUUCUGCUACAGUGUCUUAGGUCUGCUUCAUAUGGAUACUAAGCCGGGUGGAGAAAUACAUGCCACGCCAGCAAUUUAUUCAAACGGUUUGCCACUGCACACAAUGAGCUCACUGUAUGAAGCUUUUCAAGAAGCCUCAUGCUACAUACUGCUCUUUGCAGGGCCACUCUUGCCCUCAUUCUGUGGCACAGAUAGGUUGAAUCUGAGAAACAUUUCUGUGUGUGCGUUUUUCAUGAUAAAUUGAAGAGGAGGAGGUUAGGUGUACCUUCUCCAUGCACCAAAUCUCAGCCAUUCACAUGGCAUGAGUUGAACCCAGGUGCCAAGUGACUGGCUGGGGUUGUAUUUGGGGGAAAGGGGCACGUUUAAUCCUCCCCCCUUUUAAUUUCUCUUGAAGAUGAAUAACCUUUUGCAUUCAGAGCAGUUGCCUGCGUCUGAGGCACAUCCCUUGCACUAUUAAGCCUACCUGGAGGGAAAAGGCAGCAAGCAGCCUCCAAGUAAUGGUGCCUACCCUUUGCACAAACAGAGCAAAAGGAAAUGGAGAGCAGGAGAAAAGGUCAUUUUCUCUCUUUCAGAGAGGAUAAGGGUGGUUUUAGUCGUGCACUCUACAAAACUGGUAAAGUACCAUGUUUAUUGAAUUAUUUAAAUAAAACAAAUCAUUGACCUCAUAAAAAAAGUAUUCCUUUGUCUCCUCUGUGUCGCUUCCUGAACUCCAGAACUAACAAAAUAAACACAGAGGGUUGGUCACAAAGAGGAUCUUAUUUUGUACACAUGGAGCUAGAUGUCUGCUGCAUGGCUCACUGCAGGUGUAUUUGCACCUAUAAGCCAUUGCCUCUAUAGAGUGGUCCGUCUUACGUUUGAGAAGCCUUGUGCUCAAAUAAUCCUACUAGGCUAAGUGGAAAUUGUAUGCACCCCUCAAAACUUAUUCCAUAGCCCCUCUUCUACUUCCAUGCUUUGUUUCCUGAGAGUCCCCUAAAGAAUUUAGUGCAGCAGGUGCAUAGACAUAACACAACUUUUACUUUAACUCAAACAUUGGAUAAAUCAACCAGUAUAGUUUUCAGGAAUUGCUCAGGAGAUGGUGAAAACUAUUCAUUGAGCAGAUGACGACAAUCAGGGCUAUUCUGCAGGAAUUGUGACAAACGGUGGCAGCUUUGAAAAUAACACACCUAGUUCUCUCUAAUGAGUGUGUUUUUGUAUGUGAGGUGAAGAUAAAAUGUCAAGCUUGUGAGAAUUUUUAUGCUGGGAACAUCUUGCUGUUGUGCAGCAUUUGGUGAACGUUGGCCUUGUUCAGGAUUUUACCUGGAUAUUAUUGUGGGAAAUUAUUGUAAAUGCCAAAAUAAAUCUGAUGUGAAUGUGAUGUUGCCUACAAAUGUGAGUUGAUUUCUCCUCUUGGCUCUUUAUACAGGCAUAGAUAAUGGGAGCCCCCACAAACUCAGUGUUUUGUGCUUUCCCAGAAUCUACUACUUACAUUCAAAUACUCACCCAUAAGGUUCCUAUCACAUUGGAAAUCUCAAAGGCCUAUAAAUAAUGCUAAUUCUAAGCUUUUUUUGUUUCACUUUUAAAUGCAGAAGUGAAAAACACAACCAAUGGGUAGAUAACACUCCAUUCACCCCUUGCUCUCCCUUGCAUUUUUCUGUUAGUUGCCUCUGAGAACUAACUCAGAGGAGGUAACUCACAGUGGGGUCCAUUGGCUGCCACCUCUAUUAAUUCAUUCAGUUGGGGAAAUUCCUGGAUUGAGCUGGCUUGCAGCCACAUUGGUGGCCAGUCCUUCUAUAAGCCAGCCAUUCAUUACAGGAUAAUGCCGUUAAACAGAUCUGCACAGUUUGAAUACUGUGUACAGCUCUGGUCACCUUGCCUCAAAAAGGACAUUGUGAGGUUGUGAAAAGGUUCAGAAAAGGGCAACCGAAAAGGUCAAGGAGAUGGAGCCAGUUCCAUAAAAGGGAAGGUUGCAAACAUUUGGGGUUUUUUAGUUUAAACAGAAAGGGUGAUUAAGAAGUAACUUGAAAGAAGUAUAUAAAGCAAUGCAUAGAUAGAGAAAAGGUUUUAUCUGUUAUGGUGCUAGAGCUUGUGAACAUCCAAUGAAGAUGAAAGAUUCAGGACAGAUGAAAGCACAGUGGUACCUUGGGUUACAGAUGCUUCAGGUUACAGACUCCGCUAACCCAGAAAUAGUACCUCGGGUUAAGAACUUUGCUUCAGGAUGAGAACAGAAAUCGCAUGGCAGUGGCAGUGGGAGGCCCCAUUAGCUAAAGUGGUGCUUCAGGUUAAGAACAGUUUCAGGUUAAGAACGGACCUCCGGAACGAAUUAAGUUCUUAACCCGAGGUACCACUGUACUUAUUCACACAGUGCCUAGUUAAACUAUGGAACUCACCAACUUUAAAUGAUUCAACAAAUUCAUGGAGGUAAAGGCUAUCAGUGGCUGCUGAGCAGGGUGGUUAUCUUCUGCCUUCGCGGCUGGAAGCACUAUGCUUCUGAAUACCAGUUGCUGGAAACCACAGGAGAGGAGAGAGCGGUUGUCCUCAGGUCCUGCUUGCCAGCUUCCCACAGGUACCUGGUUGACCACUGUUGACCAACAGGAUACUUGACUAGAUGGGCCACUGGUCUGAUCCAGCAGGCUCUCCUUAUGUUCUUACGAGAUCACAAUCGAAACCACGGUCAACUUUUGGCUAACGUGGAACUUCCCCCUUUUUUAGAAAUGAAUCCAGAAGCUUGAAUAACAGAUGUAUGGAACACUCCUUCAUUUACUUUGCCCACUGGCUGCUGCCAUCCUCUGAUUACAACCCAACUGAGUGUCACAAAAGUUAAUGUCAAAUUCUCAUUAACACCAUCAGAUUCAACAUUUAGUACUUAAAAGCUUCAGUCCAAAUGGAAAACAAAUUGGGAUAUUCAUACUUCCUUUCCAUGAAGUGAAAGAAAGCUUUUGGCAACCAAAGUAUCACUUAUGACAGAAAAAAAGGAUUUUAUAUAUUUUAUAAUGGAACUAAAAUAUGCCUAGCAUGGUGAGGGAGAAGAAAAUGGAAUUUUAGUAUUUACUUUGCUUUGGGAAUGAAAGAGUUUUUAAACAGAUAGUAAAAGAGAACUACACAAAUAUUAGCACUGAAAAUAUUAGGAUUGAAUUGUCACCUUGGUUUCAGAAAAUCUAUUGAAGACUACUGUAUUAGAGUGUUUUAUUUGAAUAAGAAAAUUGGUCUGAUGAGAUGAAAGGCAUUUCUUGUGCAUUAAUGGUGUAACUUUGCUUUUUAAUCCCAUGAUGACAUUAAUAUUGAUGCUUUGGAACGUCUUUAAGAGCAUAAAUGAAAUAGCUAAGACUUUAGUAAGGCAAACCUGACAAUCUAACCCUCUUCUUUCUUAUGCGGUAUUUAAGGUUUUGUGGCUUGGGAAGACCUUUGAAAACACAGUUGCCACUGAAGGUUCAGAAACAAGACAGUUUAUUGUUAGGAAAGGAAGUGCUCAGUUAAAUCAUUGUUCUUUUGUGCCACAGACUUAUAUGCUCCUAACCUUCCAACAUCCUCUUCCUGACUUUCACUUCAGACUUCCCAGAUUCAAAACAAUGCCCCUGAAAAUAGCAACUUCCACCACUAUUUCAAACUGUAUAAAAUAGAGUAAGACAGGCUUCUUAAACUAUGUUUCAUGGAGCUGAUAACUCCUAAUUUUCAUAACUGGAUUUUGCUCCUGUGCAAAGCUAACUUGUAAAGAUUUGGAGUUAAUUCUUUCAUCUUGAGAGAUGAAGGUUUGGCUCAAACUUUCAAAAUCUGAGUUCAAUACAAAGGAGUAGGGAGUGGGAAGUCUAAUUUCCAUUAGUUCUUUCCUUCAGUGACAGCCUCUAUACCAGGGGUCACCAAUCUAAGGCCCAUGGGCCAGAAGCAGCCCACGGAGGUUGUUUGACCGGUCCACGAGCCGCCCCCGUACCAAGGUGCCCGGUUGUGUGCUGUGCAGGGACUCGCUUACGUGGUACUGGAAAUCACAUCUGCGCAGAUGCAGACACUCCAAAAAUCACAGGUGGCACACAAUCCAGCCCACAGAGGAAUCUCUGCGGGACCGAUCCAGCCCAGGCAAGAUAAACUUGCUGCAAGAUAAACCCAGGCAAGAUAAACCCUGCUCUACACCAUUCCUGAAGGUUCCCCAUCCCUCAGAAACUGUUUUGUUUUUUGGUGGAGCGAUGCUGCGGUGCUGUGGAAAGAAGGGGAUGAAUGAGCUCUAUUCUGGGAGAGGAACCAUACUUGUGAUGGCUGGAAUUCAAUCCCGUUAUGGAUAAUAUUGUUGCAGGUACAUACCGUAUUUUUCGCUCCAUAAGACGCACCAGACCAUAAGGCGCACCUAGUUUUUGGAGGAGGAAAACAAGAAAAAAAAUUCUGAAUCCCUGAAGUCAGAACAGCAAGAGGGAUCUGGCUUCUGGGAUAGCCGCACCAAGCCUCUUCAGGGCAGCGGGAUGAAGGCUCCCUCCGCCUGGAAGGGGCUAAGGCAGAAGCCAGGACAGCAAGCAGGAUCGCUGCGCAGCGAUCCCUCUUGCUGUCCUGGCUUAUGGGAUAGCCGCGCGCAGCCUCUCCCGGGCAGCGGGGUGAAGGCUCCCCCUGCCUGAAGAGGCUGCGCGUGGCUAAGGCAGAAGCCAGGAGAGGGCUUCGCUGAAGGGGCACUGCACAGAGAGCGAGGAGCCCCUUCUGUUCCUCGAGAGCUGCGCAGCGCCGCUUCAGUCAAGCAGGAGGAGAAACAGAAGGAGCCCCUUCUGUUCCUCCUCCCACUUCGCUGAAGGGGCACUGCGCAGCUCUCCCUCUCUCUUCACAGUGCCAUUCGCUCCAUAAGACACACUAACAUUUUCCCUUACUUUUUAAGAGGAAAAAAGUGUGUCUUAUGGAGCGAAAAAUACAGUAAUUUCCAAGCACUUAGAGAUUAGAGGUUCCUCUGGGGCUGGUUUCCUUGGAGUGAUGGUCCCUAGAGACCCUGGUCCAUUUAUGAUAUAUGGUUUUAUUUACACAAACAGCAUAUACAAUAUUUGAUAACUAACAUGUAGGAACAGCGUUUGACAGUGCCAUUUAAUAUUUGACAGUUGACACAGUUAAGCAGCAGCAUCACAGAAACAAGUGGAUUUAGAAUCCUGCUUGUCAUCAGUCAGACAUGUUUUGUGAAUUAAUUAAAAAGUAUAGAUACUUAAAGUGUCCAAGAAGUCCUUCACUUUCUCUGAUGUCAAAAGCCAAACCAUACAUCCAUAUCAACCCUCCUUGUUUCCCUCCUUUCCUCUCUCUCUCUUUAUAGAGCUUCAUAGUUAAGCAUUUAAAUUGCUGUUCAUUAUAUCAUUUUAAUAAACGCUAUUUUUUUUGGAAAAAGCUCUGAUUUGUCUCCAUUGCUCCCCCAUAUACCGUAUUUUUUGCUCUAUAAGACUCACUUUUUCCCUGCUAAAAAGUAAGGGGAAAUGUGUGUGCGUCUUAUGGAGCAAAUGCAGGCUGCGCAGCUAUCCCAGAAGCCAGAACAGCAAGAGGGAUUGCUGCUUUCACUGCGCAGUGAUCCUUCUUGCUGUUCUGGCUUCUGAGAUUCAGAAUAUUUUUUUUCUUGUUUUCCUCCUCCAAAAACUAGGUGCGUCUUGUGGUCUGGUGCGUCUUAUAGAGCGAAAAAUUCGGUACUUUUUGUGAGGGCACUUCUCUACCCAGACAAAAUGAUUUGAAUGUUACUCAUGCUUAGCUCCUCUGUGUUUUGACCAUCUAUGCAGUAGCAGUCAAAGAUAUUCAUCAGUAUCUGACAGCAUCUAACAGCAGAAAUGCAGUAGCAAUCAGUAUUUGACAACUCAGUAUGCUAGAAUGUGGUACACUCCAUAUGUCAUUCAUUGAUUACUGAGCUGGAUUUUGAAGUAUGACAUGAAAUUUCAGUUUCAACAUUUCAAUUCUGAGAUGAAGAUUUGACAUUUAAAAAAAACCAAAACCCAAGCAUGUUCCAUGUAUUUUGUAAAAUUUUGUGACACUCAAACACUGGCUAUGUGCAUCCCAUUCUACAUUCUUGAUCUAUCUGCUUGCCUUUAGUUUCAUAAUCUUCUCUAUUUCCCAGUCUAAGCUUCUUUCUCUUCUGAACAGAUUUCCCAGCUGUAACCUUGGCUUGGCUAACCUCUGGCUUUGGUCCACUGCCCCUUUCAUUAACGGCUUCUGUCCAUUCACUCCCACCAAAAUACUUAUUAUGUGACAUACCUAGGGUCCUACUCACUGCAGCAGGUAAGAGAGGAUAGGGGGAGAAAUUUUGGCUGCUGGGUUUCCUGCUUUUUGAGAGGGUUUAAAGGUCCAGCAAUGCUUUCUGAUCAGCAGCCUGACCCUUUUACCCUUUUGUGGCCUUUGCAUACUUUCUUUCUGAGCCAAUAGUGCUCAAUGACCACUACUCCCUCCGAUUACUUUCUACCUUCUGUGAUCAUGGAGCUUCUCUGAAUCAGAGUUCCUAGCCCAACAUAACAGGAAACCCUUGGAACAGUUUUAUUAGAGAUGACACAAAACAAGCAAAGUUUUGCCAAGUUCCUGAGCUCAGCUUGAAGUGCUGGGAUGUUCGUGGCAGAGUUCUAUUGUUUGGCCUUGCGCUAAUUAAAUUUUAAAAAAUAAAAGAUUAAAAGAUUCUUAGUGUGAGUUGCUUGUCACUCAGUAACUGAAAUUCUUAGUGCUACUGCUGCACCUAGGGAACCUGGCAUCGCAUAUAUUAAUAACUUUCUAUGAAUAAUCUCUCACUUCCAUGGUUUUUAAUAGCAACAUUUCACACAUUCAGCUGUGUGAAUCACUGGGUGUUGGGCAAUCAGGUGAUGAAAUCUUGAGCGGUGUAUACAAAAGUCCGCAAAGGAAGCUCUCACCACUAAAUAUUGUAUAAAAAAACAAAAACAAAAUGAAGAUCUCUCAGCAGCUCAUAUGUUUGGCGUGUCCCUGCGUCUCCCGCACAGGAUGUAUAGCUUUCCAUGAAUAAACACUUGAUUCCUGCAUUGCAGGAGUUUGGAUUAGAUUACCCUUGGGGUCCCUUCCAACUCUACCAUUCUCUGAUUCUAUGAUUCUGUGACUUGAUUCAUUCUUUUUAAUGCAUGCUUCCUCAAGUGAUACACACUUUGUAUAUAAUGGAACAGCUAAUGGGAUGUUUUUUUUUGGGAAACAGAAAGUUUGUCUUGCUUCAAUAAUGUAUGUGAAUGAAUUAUCUUUGGACAUCAGCCUUGGGAAAGCCAGCCUGUCACAUCGCCAUGUCACUAUGAGGUUCUUUCUGUGCUCUUUAAUAACACCCACCCCCUAUUUUCCUCUUGUGCUGAGUGCAUCCAAAGUGGUGUUAUUCAUUCCAUUUUGGACUCUACAACUGCAGUGCUUCAUGUGGACAUUGUUUUCCCUUUUGUGAAUGGCCCUACUGCAAGAUUUUCUCGUCCUGAUUUGACAGGACAACACUAAUUCACUCUCAACAGCACCUUUUAUGAUUUAUCCAAGAUAAUUCUCAAGCAGGACUUUAGGAGAUCCCACAGCUGCUUGUCUUGUUUGAGAGGUAAUUGACCCUUGUUUCCCAAAGAUGAACUAGACCAGGCAAAAACCUGUUUCGUGCUGUUUUAUGUUACAUUCACUGGCUUGCUCCUAAGUAGGCCUGCCCAGGAUUGUAGGCUAAGGCUACAAUCCUAUGCAAAGGAGUACAGUAAAUACCAUCAGCUACAGUGGGACUUCCUUUUGAGCAAAUUUGCAUAGGAUUGCAGUAAGGUUCUUAAGAUUCCACAAGCCAUUCCCUCUAUUUUUUUGCAUUUGUUGUAGCAGGCAGGGCUAUGUUACAUGUUAUAUGUGAGAACCCUCAAUUAGGUAAAUAUUUGAUUUCUUUUUUCAUAUAUAUGUUUAAAGGACUUACAACCAAUUAAUCAUCCUUGGAUAUGUUCGAUAUGGGAACCAAGGGAAAACCAAUACCUUCUGAAAAUAGGUAAACAAAUAUACAAUGAAUAUAUUAGGCUGCGUACACAUCGUUGUACCUUUUACUCUGGCUCACUGGAAUUUGAAUCAUUGUGUGCACAACUUUACACACAAUGCAGAGAUAUCCUGCUGUUUCAUAAGAAAUACUACUGUUCUGUAUAUUUUGCCUCGAACCAGCUUCAGUCUGAAAGGAAAACCUAAACCACAAUCACCCUGCAGUUAAUCUGAGGUGUGUACAUUCUGAGACAUUCAUUGUGCAUACGCAGAUGACUGCAUCAUGAACAGGAGUUGUGUACAUUGUGAGGGGUGGAGAAACAAGCAGGUAAUCUGCAGACAUAUCUGCCCCCUCCCUGGUGUGUAUAGUGUGUAUAGAGGAUUGCAGCCUUUGACCUCUCUCCCUGCCACCUUUGGGCCCUGUUUGUUUUAGCAGAAGGAAGUGUCGCACUCAGUGGUGCAGCAGAAGGAGAACAAGGGGGAGAAUUUCCCCUGGCCUUCAUGCCCUCCCAUGUCUGUUUAGCCCCUCAAGGCCUUUACACUGCUGGUGUUGCAUAAAAUGCUUGCAAAUAUGGAGAGAGAGAGAGAAGGUUAGAGGAUCACUGCUUUCAAAGCGUCUGAUAGGCUGAAAUUAGAGAAGGCACAACAGAUACAUUUAUUUGGAGAAAGUAUAAUAAACAUCCAUUAGGCUUCUGCUUUUAAUGUGUAUGAAAAUCCGGCAAAAGCUUAUUAAAAUGUUGCCUGAGGCAUUUUCAGGGCACCUUCAGUCUGGAAGGAUUAUUACGCACUGCUAAACUAGGGUAAUAAUUUCUCUCAGAUUGUCAGGCCACGUAGGAGAAACAUAAGCUGUGCACAGAAGGGUUGUAAAUGUCAAGACUGGCCUGGAACUGCCCUUUCAAACCAAAGGCAACUCACAAGUUACAUGAUGCAUGAAACGUGUGGUUGCCUUUAAUACGUCCCUGGUCUUUUUUUAGUAGAAUAUUUUGUGAGGGGUUUAAUAAGGAUUGGGGCUAUGGCAUAUGGGCAUGGGAAGGGCAGACACUCUAAUCCUUUCUCCAUGUUGUAGUCCUCAUGAAAAUCCUGCUCCCCUUCAAAACUGCUACUUGGUGCUGGAGGGAAGCAAAUAGCAGCUUUGAAAUGGGGGGCAGGGUGUGUUUCCAUUGUCUCUGCAGUAGGGUGGUGAGUUUGAAAGGGUUAAUGGCACUUCUUCAAUUCUCAGCCUUGUGUGUGCUAUAAAACUUAGGACACAUGUGUGGAUGAACAGCACAUACUGAUUAGUUUGCAUAUCUUUGCAUUUUGUGUUGUUAGCUUUCCUUUUUUAAAGCCAAUCUUUGUUAAGAGCUACAGAGGGAAAAUUUCAAAAUGUUUUACAGUAAGCCUGCAAGUUAUGUUGAGGGCUUAAAGGUAAAGGGACCCCUGACUGUUAAGUCCAGUCGCAGACGACUCUGGGGUUGUGGUGCUCAUCUUGCUAUAUUGGCAGAGGGAGCUGGCGUUUGUCCGCAAACAGCUUCCGGGUCAUGUGGCCAGCAUGACUAAGCUGCUUCUGGCGAAACCAGAGCAGCGCAUGGAAAUGCCGUUUACCUUCCCGCUGGAGUGGUACCUAUUUAUCUACUUGCACUUUGACAUGCUUUCGAACUGCUAGGUUGGCAGGAGCUGGGACCGAGCAACGGGAGCUCACCCCGUCGUGGGGAUUCGAACUGCUGACUUCCGAUCGGCAAGCCCUAGGCUCUGUGGUUUAGACCACAGCGCCACCCGCGUCCCAACUGUUGAGGGCUUACUGUAUAUUAACAUACAAAUGCAUUGACAGUCAGGAUUAGAUAAAGCAAGGGCACUGCAGAAGAAUAUCACAAUCAGGGAGAAAAUAGGUAUUGUAGCAGGAUGAGACUUUCCAGCUCUAAUCUGCUGUUUGUGUUUGUGUGUGUGUAUCUAGUAAUAAUGGGCUGCAUGUCCCCCCCCCCAUGCAUUAAACUGUGUACAAUUCAUGCUUUCAUGAGCAAAUGGGCAGACUGGAAACACUUGAAUGGUUGCAUUGUCCAUUGAUCAUUACACAUUUUUUACAAGCGAAAGAGAAGUGGCGAGCUUCAAGACAAAUGCCAGCUUCCAGAAAACAAUUUAAUGAUUCUGCUAAUGGCUCUGGAGUUUGGCACACAAACGCUCCAAGCAGAAUCCCUCACUCCUUCGUGGAAAACUGCAUUAGAAAUUCAAAACUAGUUGAAUUCAAAACUCUUGAGAUAUUUUUUGUUAUGCACAUAAUUGGUUCAGUGUGUCUAAACAGGUCCUGUGAUUGUGUUCACAGAUUCUGUCUAACUUUUGUUUUCAUUCUGAACUUUUUUUUAAUGAACACUAAGGCUAUGCUCACAUACAUUAGUGGCUUAAAACACAGCGAAGUCGCUCAUCACCGCUCACAGUGUUUCAAGCUGCAUUUGAAUAUUCCUGUCCAAACCAGAGAGGGGGCAGCGAUACUAAUACUAAUACUACUACUACUACUACUACUACUACUAAUAAUUUAUUUAUACCCCGCCCAUCUGGCUCAGUUUCCCCAGCCACUCUGGGCAGCUUCCAAUUGAGUGUUAAAAACAAUACAGCAUUAAAUAUUAAAAACUUCCCUAAACAGGGCUGCCUUCAGAUGUCUUUUAAAGAUAAGACAGCUGCUUAUUUCCUUCACAUCUGAAGGGAGGGCGUUCCACAGGGCGGGUGCCACUACCGAGAAGGCCCUCUGCCUGGUUCCCUGUAACCUCACUUCUCGCAAUGAGGGAACCGCCAGAAGGCCCUCGGCGCUGAAUCUCAGUGUCCGGGCAGAACGAUGGGGGUGCAGAUGCUCCUUCAGGUAUACAGGACCAAGGCCGUUUAGGGCUUUAAAGGUCAGCACCAGCACUUUGAAUUGUGCUCAGAAACGUACUGGGAGCCAAUGCAGAUCUCUCAGGACCAGUGUUAUGUGGUCCCGGCGGCCACUCGCAGUCACCAGUCUAGCUGCCGCAUUCUGGAUUAGUUGCAGUUUCCAGGUCACUUUCAAAGGUAGCCCCACAUAGAGCGCAUUGCAGUAGUCCAAGCGGGAGAUAACUAUAGCAUGCACCACUCUGGCAAGACAGUCCGCAGGCAGGUAGGGUCUCAGCCUGCGUACCAGGUGGAACUGGUAGACAGCCACCCUGGACACAGAAUUGACCUGUGCCUCCAUGGACAGCUGUGAGUCUAAAUGACUCCCAGGCUGUGCACCUGGUCCUUCAGGGGCACAGUUACCCCAUUAAGACAGUGAUGUCUUAACCCCAUACGUAUUACCCCCGUUUGGUUUCUCUUUGCCUGCAACCCCUCCCUAAAACUCCUAUUCACGAAGCUGUGCACUGUGCAUGUGCAUAUGGAACAGCUGUCUCAAAUGUACACACUUCAGCUUACCUGCGACGUGAAUGUGGCUCACGCUUUCAAACUGGAUGUAAGCUGAUUUAAGGAAAAGAUAUCAAACAGCAGCAUUUCUCGAGAAACUACAGCACAAAUAUGGAUUGCAGCUGAUGUCACGUUUACGCAGCUUCAAACUCCAGCAGUGGGACCACACUAUAAUAUGUACACAGCCUAAGAAGGCUACAUAUUUGCUAACUUACUUUCAAAAGGUAUUGAUCUUUCCUUGGUCUUCAACUUUUCCUCAAACAUGCUAUGUACAGCCUGGAUUAACAGACUGUAAAGCCUCCAAACAUUUACCUAAUUACUUAAGAGUACUCACUUAUUUGUUCCAGGAUAACCCUGUUAGUCUGUAGCAAGAAAUGCAAAAGAAGGAGAGGCCCAACCUUAAAGACCUGAGUGCAAUCCUAUGUGUUUUUUGGUCCAAACUAAGUUCCAUUGUAGCUGGUGGGAUUAAGGCAAUUUCUUGAACUACAGUGGUACCUUGGGUUAAGAACUUAAUUCGUUCUGGAGGUCUGUUCUUAACCUGAAACUGUUAUUAACCUGAAGCACCACUUUAGCUAAUGGGGCCUCCUGCUGCUGCCGCGCCACUGGAGCAAGAUUUCUGUUCUCAUCCUGAAGCAAAGUUCUUAACCCGAGGUACUAUUUCUGGGUUAGCAGAGUCUGUAACCUGAAAGCGUCUGUAACCUGAAGCGUAUGUAACCCGAGGUACCACUGUAAUCUCCAGGAAAGGACCUGCAGGCAACAGCUAAUUGGAACGGGAGUGGGGCAAGAGAUUAAAAGUGCUAUUCCUUGCUAUUCAGUGCCAUUGUGGUUUCUUUGAUCCUAAGUAGUCACAAUAUAAUAACUACUUUUGUGGAAAGCUCUACCUAACCAACAAUGUGUAGAAAAGUAACAUGAAUUUAUGUGGGUUUUAAUGUCUUAAACUAGAUGGGAGCUGGUUCAUGCUACUACCACUUUGGGUAAAGUAUAAAAUUAUGCUAUACCAACAGGCAAUUACCGUAUUUGUCGUCCCAUAGGACGCUCCGCCCCAUAGGACGCACCUAGUUUUUUGGGGGGGGAAUAAAGGAAAAAAAAUUUUCCCUUUAUUUCCCCCCCAAAAGCAGGUCGGGGAAACCGAACCAGGUCGAGGAACAGCGGGAUGGCGGCGCUGCGCCUCCCUGCUGUCCCCUGAUCUUGUGGGGCUGGCCGAUGUCUGCCCGGCGCAAGGGGCGCUCUGCUUCAGGGCGCCCCGCCCACCGGGCGGCAGGCUGCUAUCCGCAGCCUAGACAUCCCUGCGGGACCUCCCGCAGGGCUGCCUAGGCUGCGGAUGUGUUCCCGAAGCGCCGGGAGCUCUGCUUUCAGGGCGCCCGACGCUCCGGGAAGCAGGCUGCUAUCCGCAGCCUAGACAUCCCUGCGGGACCUCCUGCAGGGCUGCCUAGGCUGCGGAUGUCUUCCUGAAGCCUGGAGAGCGAGAGGGGUCGGUGCGCACCCACCCCUCUCGCUCUCCAAGCUUCAGCGAAACCUGCAUUCGCCCCAUAGGACGCACCCAGAUUUCCACUUCAUUUUUGGAGGGGAAAAAGUGCAUCCUAUAGAGCGAAAAAUACGGUAAUUAGCAAAGAAACUGAAGUAACGAACAAUAUCUACCGCUUUUCAUCAUAUUUUGCAUGUGAUACUGCUUUGAAAAGAAGGCCAGAAUUUCUUCAAAUCAAAUCAAGCAUAUAUAGUAAAGUUUAGGAGGCUGUGCAUUGGAAUGUGGGUUCUUAGGUGAUUUGGCUUUCAGGUUCCUAAACUUUAGGGGCUUAGAGCUACCCCCCUAAUUCAGGGGCUUAGGGUUCACAGUUCCUACUUUUCUCCCUGACACCCUCAAACCCUGAACAAAAUCCACAUUGUCCUGCUCUUCCCCCUACUGCUCAAUGACCCUCUAUUCCUCAGAGAUGCACAAAAAUGGGAAUGCAGCUGUGGUUAGAAAAAUUACCCAAAAUCCGCUUUAGCGUGAACAUCUAAAAUGUCACACAAUAGUGAGCAAGCUCUUGAGAAGUUCUGGAGGACAUGUUCUCUGACUCUUUUUCAUUGCUCUGAGGAAAGCUCACUCUGUACUGUGGGUCCUAAUGGGUACAAAUGAAGGCAUAAGGACUCCAUCCACUGGCUGAGGCUGAUGGGAGUUGGAAGUCUCAAAUAUCUGGAAAGCAGCAGUUUGUGGGAAGCUGGUGUAGAUUAAUGGUUUCCUUGUAGGCAACAGAGACUGAGAAAAACUCUGCCAUGCUUCUGAAGGAACAGCUUUCUAUUUGAACUUGUGAGCGUUAAAGGGAGGGAAUUAUUCUCCUGGCAGAAUCUUCAGCUUUUCUUGCUAAUGUGGGUGCAUCUGUUGACACAGGCCUGCAGGUUUACAUAAGGAAGGUAGGCUGCUUCACCUAAUUGUCUAACUUCAGAGCAGGCCUGUGUUUUGUUUUGUUUUUCAAGAGAAGUGGUUUGAAGAGUGUGGCUUUUCAUAUUAUGUUUUAAAGAGGUUUUCUCCCUUUGUGUUCUUCUUUGGAACAGGUGGGAGAAAUUGCCUUGCUGGGUAAAAGAUAAUAAAUAAUCUGUGUGUUCAUUUCUUUCUGGAAUUUCUUUAAAAGACUGUGGGAAUUGCUCACUCAUGCUCAAAAGAGCCGCCAGUGUGCAGCCCUCAAAGAAGAAGAAGAGUUUGGAUUUGAUAUCCUGCUUUAUCACUACUCAAAGGAGUCUCAAAGCGGCUAACAUUCUCCUUUCCCUUCCUCCCCCACAACAAACACUCUGUGAGGUGAGUGGGGCUAAGACACUUCAGAGAAGUGUGACCGGCCCAAGGUCAUCCAGCAGCUGCAUGUGGAGGAGCGGAGACGCGAACCCGGUUCACCAGAUUACGAGUCUACCGCUCUUAACCACUACACCACACUGGAAGGGAGUGGAAGUGUAAGUGCUCCUCUCAAUGAACUGAACUUUUGAAAGAGGGGGUACGAAAACUCGCCCAGCCAGAGAGCCUACAUUCCCUUGUGGACCAGCCUUCCAAGAGCCACAUCAUGCCAGAGGCAAAAGUGGGAGUAGCAAAGGAUAUGACUUUUACUGUCCACCAGGCUACAUUCCAGCCAGGCAAAAGCUUGAGAUUUCUACUUUCUGCAUUAGCAAGACUCAUUAUUACAGUUAAUAACACAUCUAGCCAGGCAAAAGCACCUAAGGAAGGUGCGGAGCAUAGGUGGGGAAGGGUGUGGUCUGGGCAGAGAGGCCUGGAUAAGACCACAUUUGGCUCCAGUCCAGAUGCCCUGCAUAAAUAAAUAAGUAAAACUCUAUAAUUACUGUUCACUCAUCAAGGCAGUGGGUGGGGUUUGCAAUCCUGGGCUUCCUGUGCCAGGGUGACACCCCCUUUUUGGUUGCUGGCUGUUGCUCCGCCCCCUCCCUUGGUACCCAAUUGGCUGCCGGCUGUGGGGUGGAGCAAGGACCAGGUAUUGCAGGGCUCCAGCCAACCCAUCUCUCCCAUUUUAUCCCAUACAUCUGUUGUCGUGUCUCAUUAUUUAUGCGUUGGCUCCCAGGCCGGGGGGGGGGGGUUAGUGCACGGGCUCGCAGUCUCUUCCCUUUCUUGAGAGAAAAGGGGUUGCCUUUGUCUAGUUACAUUGUAUGAACUUGUAUGAACAUGCUGCACUUCAGUGGUGUAUGUGUGGAUUUCUAGGAAGCAUUUUAAAUCAUAAGGGAAAAAAUAUAUUCUAAGGUUAUGUGAGUGGGUGGAGAGACUUGUGUCCUGUGGCACAAUAGUGGCACGGGAACCAUGAAGUACAGUGGUACCUUGGGUUACAGACGCUUCAGGUUAUAGACGCUUCAGGUUACAGACUCUGCUGACCCAGAAACUUUGCUUCAGGAUGAGAACAGAAAUCGUGCUGUGGCGGCAACGGGAGGCCCCAAUAGCUGAAGUGGUACCUCAGGUUAAGAACAGUUUCAGGUUAAGAAUGGACCUCCGGAAUGAAUUAAGUUCUUAACCUGAGGUACCACUGUACCGGUAGCUGCUUGUUGGUCUCCAUUUCCAUUAAGCCCAGCCAGUGUGGCCAAUGGUCAUGGAAGAUGAGAGCUAUCGACCGGCAAUGGACACGUCCAGACUGUCACUAUUUCGCUUGGGAUUCAGUCGCAUCCUGGCAAAUUCAGGCUGCAUAUUAAAGGCAUGAUACACACUAUAUAUUUAAAGCACAUUUACCCCCUCAAAGAGUUCUGGGCACUGAAGUUUACCCCCUACAGAUCCCAGCGACCCUUAAAUUACAGGACCCAGAAUUCUUUGAGGAGGGGGAGUGCUUUUAAUGUGCUCUAAAGAUAUAGUGUGUGUGCAGCCUAAAGCUGAGGGGGAGGUCGUGUGCCAGAAGCCAGCUUUCCCUAAGGAUUGAACAUUUUGCGCCAAGUAAUUGGAAAUUGCACUGAAAUAGCAUAAUUCUUGAACAAUGCUGUAUAACCUUGCCUCAAACAAAUCAGGAUGAAUGCUCACUAAACAGGUCAUAUGGACCAGGGCAGAGGAAGGGGUGUGUGGUGGGUGCAGGCUGCCCUGGGCGUCACCACUGGGGUGUGUGUGACAAAAUGCUGGGCGGCACUCACCGCGGGGCCUGCAGCGUGGCCGAGCCACACGUCUCUCCUGAGAGCCACACGUCUCUCCUGGCUUGGGCACCCACAGGCUCCGCGCUACCCCAAACGAUCCACCCGCCGCUUCCCCCCACUGGCAGAGGAAGAGGAGUGCGGGGGGAGCACACCGCCCCCGGCAGCACAAUCCCCAGAGUGCAAUCGCGGCAGACCCCCGCCUGUGCUGGGCACCCCGCCCCCGCAGGCAGUGUGCCACGCCCCUGUGGACGGCGCGCCACACCCCCAGGAUGCGUGCCACACCCCCAGGACAUGCACCAGCCCUGCCCCCGCCUGCUCUCCGCCCCCCCCCUGGUGCUGGAGCAUGAAGCUCCGCCACUGCCUCCCCCCCAGCUGUAGGGCGGCUGAGGUGGAGGAGGCAGGCAGACUCCUUGGAGGCCCUGCGGAGCAUCCUGCCCCAGCUGGCCACGACCCCAGGUUCCUGAUCGGCUUGCUUCGCCACUGUGUAUAGACUUGACCAAAACCUGGGGCACCAGAGGCUCCCUAUUCCUGGGCCUUCAAAUGUAAGCAGAAGCAUUCAACUAAACAGCCACAAAAGCUUUCAGGCAGGGCUCCGUCAUGGAAGAAAUAAGAACCUGAGAUGAAUGAGUUCUUGUCCAAGAGCUCUUGAGAAACUGCUGCGACUCGAACCUGUCAGAGCAGUGGGGGAGAUUGUUAGAGGGUCACUGGGUCAUGCAGUAUUCUGGCUGGGAGGUCAUAUCAGUGCAGCAAAACAGAUGUGUACCAUGGUUUUUAAAAAAAAUUAUCCUCCUUGUAUACAAACAUAAGUUAUUUGCAGUUUUGCCAAAGGCGAGCAGAUAACAAAUAAAGCAAUACUACAGCACAAGCCCUAGAAUGAAGGGGGAAUUAUAGUUUUAGAAUUUGAGACAAUAUUUCUACAGAUUUCAUUUGCAGUAUGUUUCAUAAUGGAAUUUGUUUCCAGUGCCCUUAGUAGCAAUAUACAAACAGUGCAAUGAACAUUUCCAGGGAGAUCUUGGCACCCUUUGGUGUCCUUUCUUGAGGACACGCAGAAUGCUUAGCAGUUGUUGUGGAAAAUGAGCGUUACUGAGUUUCAGCCUAAUAUCUGAUAACAAGAACAGCAAUAGAUUAUUUAUUGUCUGAUACAUUCAGGUGUUGGUUUGUGCGGCUUUCUUGCUCGCAGUUUGGCAUUGUUGAUGUGUGGUUUUUCAUAUAUCUAUAUAUUAGUAAAGAUAAUGGGAGCAUCGCACCAUUGAAUGCAAGUUGAAUUCAAAGCUGGAGUUUUUGUUUUUUUUUAAAUCAUAGCUGGAGAAAAUAAAAAACCUUUGGAAAGAGUUGAGAAGAGGAUUGAUCACAUUAUUUCACAAAGGAAAGGAAAUAUGCAGGAAGCAGGGGAGGAAACUGUAUAACAUCCAGCACCGAGUAAAAGCUGCGCUUGCAGAAAAGGGUUAUCUAUGGAUACACAUUUAAUAAUGAUUAGGAAAUUAUUAUAAUGCAUUCCUACACAUGUUUAUUUGAAAUUAGGCAGGGCUUAAUCUGUGUCACUCCCAGAAAUCUGUAUCGAGAUCUAAACUCAGCUGUUAUUGAAAUCGCUGGCCAUGCAUGUUUGCAAUCAAGCAAAGUGGCUAUUCCUAAUAGGAGCAUUGUAUCGAUGUGUCUCUGCGUGUAAAUAAUUAGAGCUAAUUGCUUCAGCAGCCUGCUCCACCUCUCCUUUCCACACUCGCCUCUUCCCUUGAUGGGAAGAUGAGGAGAUUGCCAUCAGUUUCCAUGGAUUAAAGGAGAAAACGCCCUGUGCAUUCAGGAUCUUUAGUAAGAAGUUCAGCCCAGCAAUCACUUCUCUGCGGUCAUUCACCUGGACUUAGGAAUGGCAGCCCCUGAGAUGCAAAACCGAAGACAACCACUAGCCCCUAAUACAAAUUUAGGGAGAGGGAUGUGUGGGCGUAGUAGCAGAUAACCCUUAACUAGCUCUCUCUUGAUCCAGUUUUUCACACAACCCAGUAUUUGCCUACUGAACCCUUAAAGCAGGGGUUGCCAUUGGGGUGUCUGCAGGUGUCAGUGUGCCUGCUGGCAAAAAUGUCUCAAUAAAUAUAGAAACCCCACAAUGCAGGACUAUUUGUUCUUCUUGCUCAGUUCACUCCCACUUCCCAUCUUGCAGUUCUUUUAUAAUAAAUUAAGCAAAUACACACAGUAUUUUUGUCACCUUUUUUUGAACAGCUGACACACCUGUUUAUUUUACACUAGGGUUGGGUCUAAGUUUUACUGACACUGGAAUAAAUGGGCCUAGUUUGGUCUUGUCAUUAUUUUUUCAAUUGGGUAAAUCUGAGUAUGACUGAUGUUGGAAACCACAUAGUAAGGAACCUGACAUGUUGCCUGGUUCACAUACUGUAUUUAAAACACUAAUUUAUUUGUUAUUGUAAUUGCUCCCAAUUGUUUGGACCAAUCACUAAGUGGAAGCUCAAAAGAUGUAUCUUCCAGUGUCAGUGGUGUAGAGUGGGUUGCUAGCGCCCAGGGCCAUGCAGAGGGGGUAGGAGGGAGGGAAAUGAGGUCCGCAUCACCCAGAAGAUCACAGCCGCAGAGAUAAGAAGAGUCAUUCUGGAGAAGUCACUUCCUGGUUCACAUGGAGAAGCUGUUUUCAAUGGAGCCCAGCAACAGAAGCACACAGCUGUAUUGAAGCAGUGCCACGUGUCAAAUUUUUGCGCCCCUAACAAAUUUUUGCACCCAGGACAACUGCCCCUGUGGCCGCGUUCUCAUGCUACACCACUGUCCAGUAUUGCUCUAGGGCUCUCGUCAUUUUUAAGCUAAUGUUUAUAAUUAGCUGUGUUUUCCUAAUGCUUGGUUUACACACUGAAUUUUCUUUCUUAAAAAUGCUUUAUAUUGCUGUAUUAUAUUAUAUUAUAGUUAUAUAUUCAAAAUAUUUUUAUUGAAACUUUUAGUUCAGCGUAAAAAAACACAAAAAAAUGGAAUAAGCCAUAAAUAAACUAAAAGGUUUGGUCACAUCGUUCAAUAAAAAUUUAUUGAAAGGCAUCUGUUACGUUGGAAACCACCCCAGAGAUCACUGUGUGUGUGAGAUGAAGAGCGGUCUAAAAAUCUGGAAAAUUAAAAAUAAAUACAUAAAUAAUAUAGCCGCUUCCUUAAGAUCAGCUUUUUAAAUGGGACAAUGAUGUGGUAAAGGCUAGAGAUAAUUAAGUUAAACAUGAGCUCCUAUGCAAAUCAGGUUCGAAAACAGGCUGUAUGGGAAAUUCAUCCAGAAGACAAAAUGUAUAUCGAGGAGUUAGUGAUUCUAACAUGGUUACCCUUCCUGCCUCUGUUCCUUACCCCUCCCUUGCAGCAGUUAAGUUUUUGAAGGUGUGAGAAUAGUCUUUGAUGUCCUAAUCAGUUGGGAGGAGGUGAAGCCCCCCCAGCUGCCUUAAUCAGUCUGGGAGGAUAGUGCUGGAAAACUUAUUUGAUGUUGGAAAUGGUUAAAGUGAGGCACUGGGAGGAGGUGGCUACCUAGAAAAUCUGGAUGGUUUGGGCAGAGUUUUUCAGAAGCUCAUGCACGGACUGAUGCAAACUGAGGCCACCUGGGGGAGUCACUUCACCACUUCUUGAGGGCUUCCAAGUGGCAGGUAGAAGUGCAUGCUUAGUAUGUUUAUAUUGUUGUACCUUGGUUCUCGAACGUUUUGGUUCCUGAAGACUGCAAACCCGGAAGUGAGUGUUCUAGUUUGCAAACGUUUUUUGGAAGCCAAACGUCCGACGCGGCUUCCAUUUGAGUGCAGGAAGUUCCUGCAGCCAAUCGGAAGCUGCGCCUUGAUUUUCAAACGUUUUCAGAAGUCGAAUGGACUUCUUUUUCUCACUCCCUUGUGUUUGGUAUUGCUUCUGAAUCUCUUUUAAAAGAACCACCUUGCAUUUGGCAAGACACAGGCAUGUUCUUAGAAAAGUUAUUCCACAAAAUGAGUAGGAGUUGUUCAAGAACAUGGUAUUAAACAAGCUGGACGGUGACCUAAAUAUCUAAAGUAUGGUAGCAGAGGAAUUUGUACGCUCUGACAGUGUCUCAAGAAACAUCACAGAAAGACUGCUUUUAUAUUUACCUCCAUCCCUUUAAUUACCAAGAUGCCGGCUAUGAUUAGGUACAAGGUACAUUCCCAAUUGUACAUUACAGCCUUGCAAAAGGCUGGGCUGAAUGCGAAAGGCUGGGCUGGAUGAAUCCCUAGCCGGAGUUAAGAUUGCCGGAAGAAAUAACAACCUCAGAUAUGCAGAUGACAGAACCAUGAUGGCAGAAAGUGAGGAGGAAUUAAAGAACCUUUUAUUGAGGGUGAAAGAGGACAGCGCCAAAUAUGGUCUGAAGCUCAACAUCAAAAAAACUAAGAACAUGGCCACUGGUCCCAUCACCUCCUGGCAAAUAUAAGGGGAAGAAAUGGAGGCAGUGAGAGAUUUUACUUUCUUGGGUUCCAUGAUCACUGCAGAUGGUGACAGCAGCCACGAAAUUAAAAGAUGCCUGCUUCUUGGGAGAAAAGCAAUGACAAACCUAGAUAGCAUCUUAAAAAGUAGAGACAUCACCUUGCCAACAAAGGUCCGUAUAGUAAAAGCUAUGGUUUUCCCAGUAGUGAUGUAUGGAAGUGAAAACUGGACCAUAAAGAAGGCUGAUCGCCGAAGAAUUGAUGCUUUUGAAUUAUGGUGCUGGAGGAGACUCUUGAGAGUCCCAUGGACUGCAAGAAGAUCAAACCUAUCCAUUCUUAAGGAGAUCAGUCCUGAGUGCUCACUGGAAGGACAGAUCCUGAAGCUGAGACUCCAAUACUUUGGCCACCUCAUGAGAAGAGAAGACUCCCUGCAAAAGACCCUGAUGUUGGGAAAGAUGGAAGGCAUAAGGAGAAGGGGGCGACAGAGGACGAGAUGGUUGGACAGUGUUCUCGAAGAUACCAGCAUGAGUUUGACCAAACUGCGGGAGGCAGUGGAAGACAGGAGUGCCUGGCGUGCUCUGGUCCAUGGGGUCACGAAGAGUCGGACACGACUAAACGACUAAACAACAACACAUUCCCAAGAAGUGUUAUACAAUACUGAUAAUCUUUCUAACUUACUUUCGGCAUUUAUUUAAUCUGCAGAUUUACUUACGGCAUAAAUUGGGUCCAUGCUGCACAUCUGAAACCCAGGAAGUUUAAAAUAUACAUAUUACUAAUUGAAUAUUUCCAAACAGAGAAACACACAAUGCAUCACAAGCAGGUGAUUAAAGUAUUCUUUUUUUAUUUCAGCAUGUGAAACUAUAUCUAUCUAUCUAUUUAUCAUUUUGGUAUUAAGGGAAAUCAUUAUGGAGUUGUUAAUAGAAUCACAAUAUAAUGUUACGAUCUACUGCCAUGCGUCCAAUAACCCAUCUACAGAUCCUAAUCCUGUUUUCUCAUAUAUGAAAAGAAAAUGUAAUUCACAGGUAUGCAAUUCUAACACAAGGCAUCACAAUGGCUGUUGACAACUUUAAAUAAUACUGGGAAAAAAUUCACAAGCAGCAUUCCAAAGAGAAUAUGAUGCCACAUAUAACCAAAUACAGAGGGUUGAGUAGAAGGCCGGCUCUGUUGUUAGGCAGGGAACCCUGUCCCAUUCCAGACAACACUCCCUCUGUAGCCUGGAGGUCCUCCUGGAUGCUGCUGCUUGAGGCUCAGGUGACCUGGGUGGCGCAGAAUGCCUUCCCAUCAGUUUUGGCUGGUGGUCCAGGUGCGCCCCUAACUUCUGCUGCCUAUGCUCCAGUAACCUCUGGGUGUCUUGAAGUUGUUUGCUCUGGCAAAUUUUAUCGAUUCACAAGAAGUGAGCCAAAAUGAGAGAAAAGUGCCCAGAGAAACAAAGCUCAGGGGAGUUAAACUUCAAGAGGAGGGGAACAGGUCCAUCAUUCAUGUACUGCUUUUACUAUUAAAGUAGGACAAGUAAUACUGCUGCUUUCUGGUAUCAUGAGCAAGAUAGAUAUUAUUAUUAUUACAGUGGUACCUCGCAAGACGAAUGCCUCGCAAGACGAAAGAGUUUUUCGUUUUUUGAGUUGCUUUGCAAGACGAAUUUCCCUAUGGGCUUGCUUCGCAAGAAGAAAAACGAAAAAACCGAAAACGUCUUGCAAGUUUGUUUCCUUUUUCUUAAAACCGUUAAUACCCAGGGUGACUUCGAGGAGCAACUCAUAGCACGCGGUGUGGUAGCCUUUUUUGAGGUUUUUGAAGACUGGUGAUUUUGAAGACUUUGGGAAACCGUGCUUCGCAAGAUGAAAAAAUCGCAAGACGAAAAAACUCGCAGAACAAUUAAUUUCGUCUUGCGAGACACCACUGUAUUGUUAUUAUUUAUUAUUAUUAUUUAUAUACUGCCCUAUAUACUGGAGGUCUCAGGACGGUUCACAUAAAAAGAUACUAAGAUUUGUGCAAAAUGUUCCACCUGCUCUACAAAGGGCAAGAUGACACCACCCUCUUCUAACCUUAAGCUGUCUGGACUUGUUGAAUUUGCAUAAGGUUGUUUCCAGACACCCUAUUUAUUGAGCACUAGCAGGCCUCACACCCACAUUGCUUAGGAAUUGUAAGAAGCCAAAGUAUUUGUGGUUUUGAAACCAGUUGGUAAUCCAGUGGUUUUGAAAGGUUCAGUCUGCCUGCCAUCUUGAUUCAAAAUGAUGUCCAACUACAUCCACACAUAGAUGAAAACCUGUUCCUUGGUCUCAGGAAACAACAUGCAAAAUUUGGUUAUGAUAUCUUAUGACGUGUCCAAAUGCAUAGCAAACAAACAAAGAACUUUCCAAAAUGUAUAGGAUCAAGUGUUACCGCAAAAUUUCCAGUUUUCCCUUCCGUUUCCUUGUGGCAAAAAAUAUAUUAUCUUUGGGGAAAGUGGGUUUGUGGCGCAAUAGCGCCCAAAUGGCUAUAACUGAGCAAACCGGAUUUGCUGGUGACUGAAUCCGAUCCAAAAAUAGUGACAGUCUGGGAAGCACCCUAAGAAUGGGGCUGUGCAUUUUAAAAAUAUAUAUAAGCAAGGCUUUUUUCCCGGCUGGAACUCAGUUCUGGCAUCUUUCAGGUGGGCACCAUUGUCAUUAUAAGAGAACAAGGGAAGCAUUCAGCGAGCUUUUUCUAGAAAAAUAGCACUGUAUAUAAGGAUUAGGAAGUAGAAUGCUUUAACUCAGGCUUCCUCAACCUUGGCCCUCCAGAUGUUUUUGGCCUACAACUCUCAUGAUCCCUAGCUAGCAGGACCAGUGGUCAGGGAUGAUGGGAAUUAUAGUCUCAAAACAUCUGGAGGGCUGAGGUUGAGGAAGCCUGCUUUAACUGGUCAUCGUAGAAAAGAAGACGUGCACCAUCUGCAGACCAACUUGAUUAUUGCAAGUGAUUCACAAAAACCAAAUGCUAAAUCCUAUGGAGCGUCUUACAUGACAAAGCACUGCUCAUUCCUUAUGUCAAUUAUUUUCCUUAUCAAUAUAAGUCAGUAUAUUUUUGUUAGUUAAACAGUAAUUCAGUUUUCGAAUGGUGGUGCAUAGUAUGAUGGCCUAAGAUCGUGUAGCUUGGCUGAGCUAUGACAGUUGACUGGAAGUUAUUGUUGCUGUUCUGGUGUCUUCUUCAACCUCUCUUUAAAGUUCUAAUUUCCAAAAGCACAGCGAACCAAAAACUGCCUUGAGCUUUUUAGAUGAAAGAUGGGUUAUAAUAAAUAAACAGGAGGAGGAAUAAGGCUGCCAGCUAACUUGAAAGAAUGCAUUCUGGCCAAUUCCUGUCUCUUUAAUAUCUGGACAUCAGACCAGUAUUAGUAGGUGAUCAUGCUCACAUACACUCCAUGCCAAUUUAGGCCAAUAUCAUGCAACCAACAAAGUGGGAACUAGUCCCUAAAACUUAUAUCACAAUAUAUCUGUAGUGGUCCGUAUAGUUAAAGCUAUGGUUUUCCCAGUAGUGAUGUAUGGAAGUGAGAGCUGGACCAUAAAGAAGGCUGAUCGCCAAAGAAUUGAUGCUUUUGAAUUAUGGUGCUGGAGGGGAGACUCUUGAGAGUCCCAUGGACUGCAAGAAGAUCAAACCUAUCCAUUCUUAAGGAGAUCAGUCCUGAGUGCUCACUGGAAGGACAGAUCAUGAAGCUGAGGCUCCAAUACUUUGGCCACCUGAUGAGAAGAGAAGACUCCCUGGAAAAGACCCUGAUGUUGGGAAAGAUGGAGGGCACAAGGAGAAGGGGACCACAGAGGGCGAGAUGGCUGGACAGUGUUCUUGAAGCUACCAGCAUGAGUUUGACCAAACUGUGGGAGGCAGUGGAAGACAGGUGUGCCUGGCGUGCUCUGGUCCAUGGGGUCAUGAAGAGUCGGACACGACUAAACGACUAAACAACAACAACAAACAAAGUGUAGCAUUGGAUCCAACAGAAGCAGCAACCAGGUGGGCGUGGUUCACUUGGAUCACUUCUUGGAUAGGCUUUCAAAUAAUCCUCUGAUGGAUGCAUACGCCACUCAUAAGCGUCUGUGAACUCAAAUUAACCCUAAUGGGCAGGAAGUUCAAUGCACAUUAAUUCUGCCAGUGAAGAAGAGUUGUUAAUCUGAUAGCUCCACCUUGUGGCCAGAAGUUUUAAGCACGGAAUUGAAUUAAUUGUUUCCUGCUGACCUUAACGUGCGCUGGAAAUUGAUAUGGCCAAGCGGAGCAAUCAGAAUACCAUUUAUCUUAUUAUGUGACCCACCUCAACAUUCAUUGGGUGAGAUCCAAUUAAAUCGUAUUCAGAGCAGACCCAUCAAAACCCAUGAAGUUUAACACCAUUGAUUUUAAAGCACUUACUCUAUUGCUUAAUUGAAUGGUCAGCUACUGCUGAGUUUGUUGAAAACAUGCUCAGAUCUCACUUUGGGUUUUAUGAAUCACCCCUGAUGGGAUGAUGAUGAUUUUUUUGCAUUUAUAGGUCAAAUUUCAGAAUUGCCUGCCCCUGUCAAGGCAGCUCCCAACGUACCCAAACACACACACACACACACACACACACACACACGUCUUUGUUUUUGUUUUUUUCCAGACCUUCCUAGGCAGGCUGAAAGCUAUACAUAUGGGAUCAACAAGCAUAUAAAUGUCUUGCUGGUAGAUGCUUAUGAGGUUGGAAGUUAGAACGGACUGACUCAGUGUCAGUUAGCAUUUCUCAGUUCAGAAAGUAUUGAUCUGAUGUGUAGAAAUAUUUCCUAUUCUGAUUAAUUCAAGAGGGUUCUGGAAGUUUCUGAAAGCUGCUCUGUAUGAAAGAUGCUUCAUGAUAGUUUGGGUUAUACCUUCAGAGAAGCUGAGUACAGCUGGCUUGAACUGGUUCUCUUAUCUCUUCCAAUUAACGUCAUGCCGACUAUAAAUAUAGGCCAGAAGGAGUCUGGGUUUUACUUUCUCUUUCUCUCGCUCUUACUUCUGAUGUGGUGUUCUGAACAUAGUAUGCUUAGUGUUAAGGUUUAGUCUUGUUAUAAGUUUACAGGUUUUUGUAAGUGCUGCAACUGGAUUCUUAUGGACUGUGCCAAUCCUGAAUGUACUGGACUGGAUUUGUGACCAUUAUGCUUAUUUGCCUUCAGUAGCAAGUAAAGCUCUGCUGGAUGAAAUACAAUUGCCUCUGGUCCAUUUUUGGGCACUCUGUAUCGUGUUUAAGUUUUUUCCUCCUCAGAAGAAGCUGGGGCAACACUCAGGACCAUGAUUGCCACAUGCUGGCAGCAGGAUCAUGAACAGCCCCGAGACAUGAGCUUUCACACACUUUAAACACACAAAAACAGCAGGUGGUAUUGUCUUUCUUAGAAGACUUCAGCUUCAAACUUGAGGUAUAAGACUGCAUGGAGUUCUCAUCUAGCACAUCUGUUUAUUUAUCUAUUUUCCUCUGAAUAGAAAGAUAGCAAGUCGUGAAGAAUAGUUUGGAGCUUUGGAAUGGAAUCUGAGUAUAGGUGAAUGAGUCGUGUUUGUGUAUGGCUGCAAAAGAAUGAUAAAGUAAGUGGCAUGGUAUAGGUACGAAUGGAAUGUGGCAUGUGUGCGAAGGCCUAGAAUACCUCUGGGAAAGUGAAAUUUAAAAAAGGCUCAGCAUCACCAAAACCCAUGUGAUUAGUAUGUGUGGGUGCUAAAAUCAUUUUGACAGCUUACUAAUUGUGAUCAUACGAUAGCUACUUGACUUCCUAAUUUGUGUGUUAGUUCCUUUAUUUUCCAUGAACACUUGCCGAAGACUUAAUAGUCAAGAUCAGGCACCCCCAAACUCUGCCCUCUAGAUGUUUUGAGACUACAACUCCCAUCAUCCCUAGCCAACAGGACCAGUGGUCAGGGAUGAUGGGAAUUGUAGUCCCAAAACAUCUGGAGGGCCGGGUUUGGGGAUGUCUGGUCAAGAUGAUCGCCACCUUUAAAUAUUUGAAGGGCUGAGGCAUAGGUUCUGUACACAUUGCCAUUGCUGAAACUCCAGUGUGCUCCCUCUGCUGGAAAUCAAGUACACAUGAUGUUACCCAUCAACCAACUGUAUGUAUCCUGCAGUUUCUCAAGAAAUAUUGUUUGAUGCGUUUCCCCUCAAAUCAGCUUUCAUCCAAUUUGAAAACAUAAGCUGAAGUUAAUGUGUUUGCAUUUCACACAUCUGUUGUACAUGUCAAUGCAUGAACAUGUGAUGGGUUCACUGAAUUAGUUCGGUUGAGGUGUCUGUGUGUGUGCAAGUACAGCGAAACAAAUCAGAUAAUGGUGUGUACAGCAAUGUAAAACACGACUUGAAAUGCAGUGGGGGGAAGCAAUCUCACAAGCAUUGUGUACGUGCCUGUAGCUGAAGGGGCAAAUUUGUCUUCUGUUGUUCCAGAUGGUGGGGCCUGAACCAAAGGUCAAAAUUACAAGAAAGAGGACUGGCUAAAUGCUAGGAAAAACUUCUGACAGUUUAAAGUGCUUGGCAGUAGAACACUGUCCUGAAAAAAGUUGGACUUUUUCGCAACGCUUAGAAAUUCUGAAUACACACUUCAUAGAGAAUGAACUCUGAGUGUGCAUGUAUAUUCAUCUGGGCAACAUCAUAAGGGACAAGAAAGGUAGCAUAAAAUACUCAAAUAGGGCAAUGCUUUCUUUAAAGGUCCAUAUGGAAGUUGGGAAAUCAUACAUUUGAUCUGAUAACACUUUGAGGUGUAGUGCACUAAUACCAUUAAAUUAAAAAAUUGACUAUUUGGAUCAACAAAGCCUUCUUAAUCAAUUUAUAAACCAAGUAACAAAUCAUGUACACCUCAGCUGCUUUGCAACCAUAGGCUGAGCUCUAUUCUGAAUAUAUAUAUUUGCAAAUAAGGAACUAGGCACCAACUUCAGCUUCAUGGAUAGCUGUGCUUGUGUGUGGACACAGUGAAGAAGCUGGGACACUUUUGUGCAAGCUUUAAUCAGAAGAGGACAGGUGGUGCUUAACUGGGUACAAUUCCACAAAAUGCACAGCUAAAGAUAAAGGCAUAUAAGUUUGGAAAGGGACUGCCCUCUGAUCUGGAACAGGAUCCUAUUAAUAUAUUUUUACUUAUUUAUCUUUACAAAAUUCUUAGACGGUUCUCUAGAAUUAUAGUUUAUUUCACAUUUUCAGGGACGUAAAACUACAAAGCAGGUUAGGGAACCUUUGGUCCUCCAGGGACUCAUCUGUAUGUCAUUUAAUGUGAAUAGUAAGCUUCCUCAACCUUCAUUAAGUCUCCAUGGUCCAUAUGAUGCUCUCCUUCAAAUCACUGCCUUCUCACACUUUCCCCUCCCUCAAUCCAUAUUUGUUCAUAUCCUCGCCUUUCUGGAGUAUCCCUGGUAUAAGAAAAUCUGGAUUGGUGGAGGCAAAGUGUGGGCGGCUGGUGAUUAAAGGAGAACGUCGUAUGGCCAAUGGAAAAUUAAUGGAGGUACUGGAAUUUUACUGUUCAUAUUAAACAACAGAAUGGGGGAGCCCCAGAUGUUGCUGAAUUACAACUCCCAUCACCCCUGGCCAAAGGUUCCCCAUACCUGGCGUAGAGCUAGAAAGAAAGCUUAGCCUAAACUCAAUCUUUACAACAAGCCCAAUGGGGCAGAUGCAUUUAAAUUUAUAAAGGUCCCAAAGGAAAUAUAUACUUGAUUUUGUAAGCACACAUUGUAUUUAUUGUAACUGAGGCUCAUGCAUAUUUACUAGGGAGUCAACUCCAUUGCUUUCAUGGGAUUUACCUGACUUCCGAGUAAAUAUGUGGAGAAUCAAGCUGCAAGUCCCUGUGGUUCCAUUUAAUUUACUCCACAAUAAGCAUGUAUAGAUUGCAGAUUUACCAGGACCUAAUCCCACUGAGCAAAGUGAUAUUUACUUCUGUGGGAGACAUUGCAAAACACAGUCAAACACACAGUCCAGGAGCCUAGAUGAUUAAAUACAGUUUCUUAUUAAAUAAAACGGAGAUUUUCCUUCUGUGUUAUCCUAUGCCAGUUUUAUGGCUUAUUUAAAUACAUGGACCAUCACUAAUGCCUGUCCUUUGUUUUCUUCAUUGCAGUAACAUACAUGAACAGCCUUUCCUCCAGCUCCAAACCCCCCUUUGUUGUAAAAUCAUCUUUCCAAUCAAUUUCUAAGCAUUUCCCUACUACACGUUCAACAAAGGCUGUCGUUAACGUUAUAGCCCUCGCUACUCUGCCAUACCCAAACAAGUGAUCGCAAUGCCGCCAACCCUCUCCAAAUGUCUUUCUCCAUCUCUGCGUUUCUUUGCCACCUGUCCAUCACUGGCAGCUAUCAGUCAUUUUGUUCUCUGGAAUAUCUGCAGCGACUGCUGUAGUGGAGCACGGCUGCAGCAAUAGAUUGGGGGCCUUUUGGAAGGAAAGGUAGGUGGUGUGUUGUGCCAACGUUACCCUUCAUUUUGCAUUCAUAAAUCCUUCGCCCAGCUGUGCCGUCUUUGGAGCAGGACAAAAGGAAGGCUUGAGUUGAUUUUACGCACAAGGUCUCGUUUGUCCCCGGAUUUCUUUUGUUGUUGGAGCAGCGGCGGUGGCGGCAGCAGCAGCAGCAGCUUCUUGCCGGCUGGGCGAUGCACUGAGGAGGGAGAGCUGCAAGCGCGCUGGAGUGGGUGCAGCUGAAAGCUCCAGACGUUGCAGAAUGAGUGCGUCAGAAACAGGGAGAGGAGAGGCGAGCGCGGCAGGGGGAGGGACGCCGAUGAUGCUAUCAGGCGCCCAGUAGCAACGGCGAGAGGAGCAGAAGGUGAGCCUAGGUGGACUCCUAGCCGGCCCAGCCACCGCCGCCACCCCCGGUCCGUUUUGCAGCCCCGGAGGAGGUAGAUUUGCCCGAGGUGAGUGAGUGCAGAACGCAGGGGGCGUGGAAGGAGAUGGGGCAGCCUUCGGCUGAUGACAACCUGCUCCCCACUCUCCCUAGCAAUCCAGGCCUGGCAAGCACCGGAUCCAGGAUUCAGAGUUGUUGCUAGGCAGCCCGGGGUGGGAGUGGUGGUCAGCUUGGGGGUCGGGGUCCUUCCCCCUCCUUCUCCUCCUCGAAAGGAAGUGACUGCGCUUAUCGUCGCGUAAAGCCAGGUAGGCGAGGGCAGCGGAGACCCGGCCGCUGGCGUGUGCGCGCGUCCCUCUUUCCCUGCGCUCCCCCUUGGCGUGCGCUCUAAGCCCACCCUCUCCAUGUUCUCUAGGCCUUCCUGCGCUGCGCCUGCAUAUAGCCGAGUGCCUGCGUCCCUCGGGUGCCCGAAGGAACCUGGGCGCUGCACGGGGGGCUUCCGACCCCCACUAGGGACGACCAAAGGUGCCUCCUCACACCGGCUUGCCGUCCGCCCCCUCCGGCUUUUCGCCCGCCCACGUCUCCUCUCCGGAGCGCGGCGUGCGCCUGCAGCCUUUUCUUGCCGGCCUCAGCUGUGGAGAAUGAAUUAAACGCGCGCUCCGGGCGCAGCGCUGGGCGUGGGGUCACCGAGGGCGGCGGCAAAGGUAACGGGCGCAUGGGAUUUCGAGUGGUGCAACUGUAAUCCGGAGGGGGGGAAAUAAUAAUCGUUAAUUGGCAAGGUUCCCUUUUCUGUUCCAGCGGCUUGGCGCCCCUCCCCCUUCUGCCUUUUCUUACUGUGAUAGUGUAUGUAGGCCAAUAAUUGUGGUGGGAGGGUUGUUGGUGCGCGUUAUUCUUGCCCAGUGCUCGUUUUUAUCCUGUUGGAGGGAAGGGAUGGUGGACUCUGAGGAGGUAUUUGCAAACAUCUGUGCAUUUUUAAAAUGUCGGUGUGAGAGAGGUUUGCGUUUUCUGGACUGUUUACGUCGGGGGUGGGUCGGUUUCAGGGUUGUGAGGUCUGUUUCUGAAAGAAAUUCAAAGUAAUGUACACUUAGUGUGAACGGUGGAGUCAGCAGCUGUGUAUUUUACAGUAUUGGGUUUCCCUUUAGCAUAAGGUCCAGGGGUUGGUAAUAGCAACUAAAAAAAUAAACAAUUACUGUAUAUACCAAAUAAAACAGUUAACAACCAUAAAGACAAGUGUAAGGACAAUGAGAAACACUUCCAUGCAUAAAACAAUUACAUAUACAAAAACAGUUAAAAUUAGUUCCAAUGCAGACUGGGAUGUAAAGAUAUUCAACUUAAAAGGCUUGGUGAAAAAAGGUCUUGAGUAGGUGCCAAAAACACACACACACACACAAAAACCAGAGACUGCCUGUUUAAUAUGGAAUGGGAAGGCUUUCCAAAGGCUGCUACCACAUUAAAGGCUUGAUUCCUAUAUCCGAAGAAAGGAACCUCCUGAUAACAUGGUAUCCACAGGGGGCCUUCUCCUGCAGAGCACAGUGAUCAGUUGGGUAUAUAAGUGAAGUGGUGAGACUAUCUUUUCAUUUUCCUGGUUCCCAGCUAUGUAGGGCUUUGUACCCCAGUACUUGGCAGCAUGUCCUGUAAGCUAUACACUGAGAAAAAAAGUACUGUAUAUGAGUACAAUCUAUAUCUCAGUUACUACAGAUCAGAGACUUACUUAAACAUAGGACUCUUAAAGCUGGCCAGUAGAACUGCACAAAGACCUAGUCAAAGGCAAACACAUUUCAUUCAUUCAGCCUUUAUUGGCAUAAUAGCAAACACUUAAUAAUCGUAUUUUAUAGGAGAGGAACUUAGAACAAGACUAGCCAUGCCAGAGAAAUGUGUAUUUUCACUUGCGUUAAAUUAUACGGAGUAAGAAGUAACUUUUAUCAACUGCAAAUCACCUAGAGUUGUAGAUCCUGAGGAUCUUUUUAUCUAUCCUGAUUUACAUGAAAGUAUUUGGCAGGAUCUUUUAACAAGUCACAGCUUAACUUUGUGAUUUAUAUAGGGCUUAUAGCAGGCAUGUCCAAAGUCCAUUUGGGGUGAAAUUGUAAAAAAAUAAAACAAAAUACUCAACAAUUUAAAUCCUAAAAAAAGCUCAACAACAUUGGUUGUCACUUACUUCAUCAAAUCUGGCCCUCUUUGAAAAAAGUUUGGGCACCCUGGCUUAUAGGAAUGGGUAGACCUGCACAUGGUUACAGCACAGUCCAAUCCUACUUAGAGACAAAUCUGGUCAGCUUCAUUCCCAGGCAAGUAAGUUCAGGAGUGCAAUUUAAAUUUAGGUUAAUUACCAGGAGUGGUGAUUCCCAAAGUGUGUGCUGGAGAGUUUCUAGGGAGGUCUGGACUCUUGGGGCUUUGUGUGUGUGUUUGUAGUAGCAAGUUUAUCACGUCUUUGCUGUAGUACUCUCAGCUGUUCUUGAGGGAUUUCAUACCUGAUUCUAUCAAGAUGCUUUUGUGUGCCAUGUUGCUUUUGCUGGUGUAAAUAAAUUAAGGUGUGCUACUAACAAUAGACAUGAUAGUGUCCCAUGUGUGCCUGCGUUUGUGCAUAUUGCUGUGAAGGGAAGCACCAUGCAGAGGCAUUAUAAAUUAAGAAUGUGUUUCCAAAGUGGCCUGCCUUGAGCUUCUCCAAUUUGUGUGGUGGUGAGUGACGACUUAUAGUACAGUAUGUCUAAUACUCCAUGCUCCCUUGGGUUGAUUUCAAGGCUGACAAACAAUUUGUGUCCCAUCCUCCCUCACAAAGUUCUCAAAUGCCAUAGAAUCCCUCACACCCUUCUGCUCAUGGGUCUUGUACGUGCCCCUUGUCAUUUUAUCAACUUGCCUCAGCCAAAUCACCUGUUUCACAUUAUGUCUCAAAGUUGAGGAGCCUCAUAAUUCUUACAGCCUUGGGGAAUUGGUUUUCUGACUAAGUUGGACAACUUCUGCACCAUGGCAAAAUUCUGUUUUGAAUCCUAGGAAUUACCGGGGCUCUUAAUUGAGAAUUACUUAGCAUGCAUCCAUCUCUGUUCCCCAGACUUUGGGACCUGGAUGGAUGCAAACUGAUUUCAUACGAGGGCCUUGGCUGUCUCAGAUUGCAUUGCAAUUACUGGCAGUGCUGCAAUGAAGACCUGUCCUCUUGUAUUCUCUAAAGCACCAUUCACAUUGAUGGUGUUGUUUACAGCACCGCCUGUUGACACCAUUUUAAAGCAUGUGAAUGGCAUUAGAGUAGGGGCUUAGAUGAGCAAUAACUUACCCUUAAAAGAGAACUGCUGUUGAGAAGCUCAGGAGAGGUAUUUCCUUCUCCCACUAAGAACCUUGCUCAAGGAGGGCCCAGAUGCAGAAGAGAGGAUUUGAGGAGGUGUUGCAGCUCCCUCUUCUGCACAGUUACUAAAGGUGCCUGAGCCCUUUCCUCAUUUGCACCAAAUCACCCUAGUUCUAGAGGACAUUCUCAGUCUGUGUGGGUGUGCCAGAGAGGCCUGCUUGGUUGGGGAGGGGGGACUUGAAAAUUGUGGGUAGGAAGGAAGGACUUGUUCUCCUCUUCGCCAGAUUUCCCAACCGCCACCAAAUGGCCAUUUGGGGAAAUGCAAAAAAACUCCUACCCGCUAUGAGAUAUUUUGCUUGUUUUGGAAGGAGUGAAAUGCUCUCUAGGAUAAUAAUUUUAUCUACUCAAAAUGUUUAGUAUGGAUUUAUGUGUGCAAGACAAAAUACUGCUGGAGAGAAGGAUAAUUCCUCAGAAUUCUGUAGACUUGAGUCCUAGAUGAUACUGCCAUGUCCUUGAGAAGAGCUAAGAGAGCCUUAGUGGCAGCUUGCCACCUCUUCCUGGUGACCUUUGAUCUAGUUUGGAGAUAUUAGAAGCAAGCACCCUGUAUCUGCUGUCCUUUUGAUAUGGCUGACCCCUUGCGGUGGAGCUUUCCACCUCUCUUCUCAAAGGACUGACGCAGAUACCCUAGGGGAGCAUAGGGCGCAGCAGUGUGCAGCUCCCUCUCUCUAGGGAUGGUAUAUUUUCAAUUUUGCAUGUACAAAAUUUAAGGCAUUUACAAGGCUGCAAUUCUAUGCACGCUUACCUAGAAAUGAGCUCCAUUACGUAGAGUGGGCCUUAUUGUGGAGUAAACAUUUGUAGAUUUCCCUAAAUAUGCCAACUAGUACAAUUUUAUGUGCUAAGUUAUAAACGAUGCAUGGCUUGGGGAAACCCAGCCAGAUGGGUGGGGUAGAAAUAAUAAAUUAUUAUUCUAUUAUUUGACAUUGCUGAAGUUUACUGGUUUAGGGUUGAUAAUAAAAUAAAUAUUGCAUACAUUCAAAAUUUGCCCUCAAAAUCUCAAGCCUGGCAGUGCAAAUUGUGGGUUUACCUUAGAACCAGCAGCCUUCAACAUAUUCAGAUCUGGGAUCCAGUUUCAUCCAGAACGUGCAUUGGAGACGGGGAGUCCCACUUCCCACCAGACAUAUCUCCUUCAGGGAUGUGUUCCACAGUUAGGGUGCACCACAGAAAAGACCCUUUCUUUGUAUUUCUAAAGAUGGAAUGCAGAGAACGGUGUGGGGGGCAGUUCUCUUGUUGCUACUCCCGUGAAAUCAGGAUGCAAUUCAGUUGUGGGUCCUAAUCUACCAGUUUACGACCAGUGCCCUAGAAUAGCUCCUGCUGCAAGGGAAGAUCAGAAUCCGGGGGGAAAACUGGCUUCCAGUCUUGUUGUCAUAGAAUGCCUCAUAUUGCUCAGAACUUUGCAAACCAAUGAGCUAGAAAACAAAGCUCAUUGUUAGGAGGUGUGAGUCUUAAGCUGUCUUAAUAGGUCUGGCAGAAUACCUUUGACAAGAGGUAUGUCAUACCUCCAUUCAUGUCAGUCAAUUUCACCUCUGGAUCCUAAUAAUUCUGUUUUUCUUUUUCCCAGCAUAAACUGUCUGACCCCAUCAAAUCCCCAGGGACUGUGAGUAUUUGUUAGCAUUUACUACUCUCUUACUUUCUCUAAUCUGUUUAUAUCCAGCCUCCAUUGUGUGGGGAACAACAAUUGCGAAAAAAAAUAAAUGGCUGUACAACAGAGGUACCCCAUGCUUGGCAGAAUACCAAGCAUUUUUGUAAACUGGUCAUUUAUCUGUCUGGCAUCUUUGUGCAGCAUGUGUGGUACAAAAACUGCUAAGGGUAUAUGCAGAACAAGGACUGUUUAUAUCUGGAAAAAAAGUACCGGUAUAUAAAAGUUUUCAAAAAAUAAAAGGGCCUCAUUGCAAAAGUUGCCGCCAUUUGAAUUCUAAGCUUGCUUCCUUGGAAGCAAACCCCUCUGGAGCAUAUUGAAAUUUCCUUUGUGGUGGGCUGGGAACUGUGAUUCCAAUUCAGAUGUGCUCUGGAUGUUUGCAAUGGAAGCCAGCUGUUAGGCAGCACUGACAGACUGGCUGGCACUCCCUGUGUAUUUAUUACAUUUCUAUCCCAGCCUUCCUCCCUGAAGAACCCAUAAUGUAUGGAAUCAAGGCACUUAAUUGCCCUGAAUCUCUGGAGCAGUGCUUGUACCUUGAGGGUGGAAGGUGGGUAUAGUGGGGAGACCACCGUUUGGGAACCUAAUAUAAAUUAGCUUAAGGAAAUUCACAGAAGGAUAACUUCUAGUCCCCUGAAAAGUUUUGAUGUAGGGCCAGGGGACCUUCCUGAACGAUGUGGUGGGGCAGCGGGGAAUUGUGCGAAGGUGGGCAGAGCUUCACAUCUGCAUCCUGUCAGUCUCCUCAUCCCUUCAGGGGGGCUUUUCGCGGUGCAUGGAUAUCAACGGCAUAAGGAGAGCAUGUGAAACUUCCUGUGAAUUUCCUUAGUACAGCAGUUUUUCUUAGGAUCCAAGCCACAGUUUUUAAAACAAGGAUAAAUAUGCAUGUUACGUUUAAAAAACCAAAUAAAAAUAUCAAGCAGGUUGCCUGUCUAAGCCUUGAAGGAGAUGCAGAAGUUGCAUCUGAACAAGGAUUCAGUUUGUAUCAGCCGGACCGUCAAUGGGGGCGGGGGCUAUCAGGCUCACCUUGUGGGUGAGGAAUGUGGUGUGAGCUCUCCUUUAUAUUAUAGAAUCAUAGAGUUGGAAGGGACCAUAAGGGUAAUCUAGUCCAACCCCCCUGCAAUGCAGGACUCGUUUGCCAGUGUGGUGUAGUGGUUAAGAGCGGUAGACUCGUAAUCUGGUGAACCGGGUUCGCGUCUCCGCUCCUCCACAUGCAGCUGCUGGAUGAAGGGAAGGAAGGGAAGGAGAAUGUUAGCUGCUUUGAGACUCCUUCGGGUAGUGAUAAAGCGGGAUAUCAAAUCCAAACUCUUCUUCGUUGAACCCACAACUCUGAGAUUAAGAGUCUCGUGCUGUGUCUACUGAGCUAUCCUAGCUGGAUAUGUUUGUCUUUAUCCUUCUCUUGGUUGUUGCUCCCAGUUAAAAGUAUCCUGACAAACGUUAGUCCAGGUACACAUGUGUGCAUCGACUGGAACACUAAAGAUUGCCAGGCUCCCUUGGAAGUGCAAGAGGAGGUGGGUGGCAUGGGGCUGCUACCCAUGAAGUGUUUGUUGAUUGUCAAAAUGGUCUUUGCCAUUACGUUAUGGCGCAAUGUAAAGUUGACAAGUGACGAAAGCAUUUGCUUUCAGAUGGCUGCAGCCAGCAGCAUAUUUGAGCAGCAGGAGCUUAAGAACUUUUCUGGACACUCUUGUUUUUGCACCUGAGUUGAUUGCAUUGCAAUGGUAGUUUCGGCUGGUUCGGUAUCAUCCUAGUAAAUUAACUCUGUUGAAGGCCAUGUGUCCCUGAUGUUGCCUUGGUGGAGAAUGGAGAGGGGUGUGUGAGUGUGUAUGCAAACUAGCCUACUGUGCAGAGGUAGAAUUCACAUCCAUUGCUUUGCAAGCUUUUGCCUCUGGCUGCACCCCUUGCCACGUGGCCCCCUGAAACACACUAAGAAAGAAAGCGGCCCUCAGCUUGAAAAAAGGUUCCACACCAUAGUGCUACAGCAGCAACACAACGUAGAGUUCAAAGAAGUUGGAAGCUUCGCUUUGAUGUUGCUUGAUAUUGGCAAGCACAGUUGACAACCAUUAUCUGAAUUGAUAUACUUUUAAUGCACAGCGUUCUUCCCUUUCCCAAGCCUUUAAAAGGGCUCAGUUUUUCAAAGAGCUGUGGGAGUUACCUCCCUACCAAUGCAGUGUGUGCAACUCUAAAUUGUGUGCCCUUAAAGGAGGCAUAUCUGUAGAAGUUCUGACCCUGGAAAGGUCCCUGUGUUCCUAUCAAUUCCUGGCCCUGUUAACCUGCCUUUGUGGUAUUCAAGGCAUUUAAACUAUUCUGAAGACUGAAAGAGCUGUGUGCUUUCAUGAGAGUAAUUAAUUCUGGUUACCACAUGAUUGUUGUUUCUCAUAUAGACUCUACGUCGAGAAUGGAGAAAAUUGUAUACAGUAUAUAUGUAUAUAAAUCUUAUAACUCAUUUAAAUCAAUCUUGCGUUUUUGUUAUUUUAGGUUUCACAUAUGUGCUCCAGAUACCUUUAAUCUGUUUCACAACUGACAUAAGUAUCCUUGCACAAGACUUUGUGGGAUCAUGAAACCAGUAUUAUGUUUUUAAGUUGUAUGUUGUAUACCACUGUGCAAUAUUUUAUACCAAAGUGCGGUUUAUAAAUAUUUAAAUAAUGCUAAACUACUUUGGGUGACGUUAGAUUGUCCUAUCUAGAUUAAUUUUGUCUUGUAAAAUUUGACCUGUUGAUUUUAUAAUGCUAAAAACACUCAAAGCAGCAAAUUUCAAAUAUUGGCCAAUUUAAAUUGGAUUAAAAUAUCUAGCAGGAUAUUUAACCUGGUGCACUGAUGAGAUGAGCCAGCAGAACCUUUUACUUCCCUGUGCCAUUUUCUAACACAUGUGGCAGUUCUUAGGCAGAGCAUUCCCAGGGGGGCCAAUUGCCUUGAGUUAGACUUUGAUCUGACAGAAGGUCAUUGUUCUGCUUGAGCCGUAAAAAGAUGUCAAUUUUUGAUUUUGACCCAUAUGGUUUCUGCUUGAAAGCUUAUGGUUUCCCAGAGAUGGGCUGUCUGUAGCUUACAAGCUGUGUGAAAGUUCAUUAGGGCAGUUUUGUAUCCUCUACAAUGUAAAAGUCCUGUGAGUUCUUGUUCUCCCACUGUGUAUGAUUAUAAAUUGGUAGAUCUCAUUGUGGCCGAAGAAAGUUUGGAAAUGUGGUAGGAAAUAAUGCCAAAGGAUCAGAAGGAAUGAAUGAAAUAAGAUGUUAUUUCUCUGUGGAUUUUUCAGCUCAUCUUGAUGGCAUUGAUAACACUUGUGCGUAGGGCUGGGCGAUAUGCAGUUUUCAACAGUGUGAUAUAUCACCAGCUAAACACCGCAAUAUAUUGAUGAAUCACAAUGUAUGAAAUAAGGAAGGAGCUAUGGGUAUUGGCUGGCUUCAUGGUUUUUCCUGCAUCGUGAUUUUUGCCAGCGCCUGCUCUUGUGAUUCGCUGCAGAGUUAAUAGCAGCUGCAGGAAUCGAGAGAAGCAUUUGCUAGCUACACUGUUUUCCCCACAUUGUGAUUUUCACAUAAUGCACACACACACACACACACACACACACACACUCGUGAAAUUGCCAGGUCAAAAAUUAUGAAACCAAUAUCACAAUAUGGACUUCAAAGCGGUUUUGGAUGAUAUGUUGAUAUAUCACCCAGCCUUACUUGUGUGGCAGUCCUAACCCCAACCCCCACAGGGUGGUAGAGCUUACUGCCAUAUCUGCAGACUUUGCUGACCAUGGUGGAAGGUGUGCAGGAUGCGGAUGUUUGGGUCCGAUUCCUAUGCCAUUUCCAGGCUAGCACAGUGAUCAAGCCUGGAUCAGGCCUAAUACCAUCAUACAACGGCAGUGAGACCAGAUUGGGACCCAACAGAUCCCUGGAACCUAGCUCAGCCCUGCCUCUCCCUAUCUUUUCUACAGCCUGUUUUGAGACUUUCCUCUGGCGAAGAACCUGCUAGCAUGCCACAAGUUGAGAGGGACACUGCUCAGGAUGGAUUUGAUUUAAAUCAAAUCAAUUUAAAUCAUGAUUUAAAUCACUAGUCAGUAAGACUUGAUUUAAAUCUUUCUCUUUUUUUUACAGAAAGACUCAUUCUUGCUGCUAUAUUUACAACCAGAUGAAGGUUUCAUUUUCGGAAUAAUAAAUUUUCAAAGUAGUUUCUACAGUUGUAUCAAGAAUUACUGAUUUGGUUAAACUACUAGAAAUGCAUAGACAGAUAAUUAUGAAAUUAUUGUGAGGUUUAAUAAGUUAACUGUUUAUAUUUGGACAGCUUUUCUGCUGUACUUUGUUGGAAGGAGAAAAAUAAUAAUUUCCUUAAUAACAAUUUAUUUAACUAAAACAAUAACUUUAUAGUGUAUGUAUCCAUGUUUGUUAACUGAUAUGGUUAAACAGUUUUAAAAAACCAACUUAGACUGAGCUUUAGCACACCUGAAAAACUUAAAAUAGCCUUUGGACUAUAAUAGACUGUAACUUAAAUAGAAAAUUAUCUUCAGAAAUUUUUUUCAUCUAAAAGCAUUUUUUUAAAAAAACCUUUUUAAAUUUAAAAAAAAAUCCUUUUUCUUUUUACAAAUCAUUAAUUUUUAUCCACCCUGCUUCUGCCCCAGUAUGGUGUGAGGGUUUUUUUGGAUCACAGUGCUAGUCUGCAAUCCUGAAGAGGGGAGGGAGAGAGAGCUGGCUGUUGUUGAAGUGCCACAUCCAUCGCUCUGCGGGGCUUGUGCUUUCAGGGCAGAAGUAUGAGCUCUUGUGGUCCUCUGUCCUUUUCUGUCUGCUCCUUUAAUGAUUUCCCUCCCAUUGGGAACAAUGGAUGGGAAAUCAAUGACACCAGCCUCCAGGGAUGCUGUGUGUUUUCUUUUGGUUUGGAGGUGGAUCAGGCAACGGGGAUAGCUGUGCCUUUUCCCCAGGACUCUCCUCGCAGUACCCCCUUUUGGACCUACGUAUGUCAGAGCUCUAUGGACACCAGACUUCCCUUGCCGUGAUUGCUGCCCCAUCCACACUUGCAGAACGACCUCUGAUGCUUCCUUGCCACAGUUCUCCCCUUGAAGAAUGACCUCCAAUGUUUGCCAUAGCCCCUGGAACACUCUCUUUGGCACUGUAAGCUUGCAGGUUUAAUUAUUUUCAGGGACAGCUUGGGUUCCACGCUUGUGGGAGAAGUUGCUAACAAGCGUAAGAAUCAUGUUGUGUUUCUUCCUCGGCUAUCCCUUGGCGUUGACGCCAUCUUGAUUGGACCUUCUCUGGUGAUCCUAAAAGUGACUGGGGGGUGGGGUAAAUUCUAUUGGGAAAACCUUCCAGCUUGCGGGAUUUGGCUUAUAACCCAGAAUCUUUAGCUGGACCCUGAACUUCAGGAAAGAGUUUUGAUUGGGGCAGUUGGUGUAUUCUGCACUGUAAAAGUUAGCUCCUCUCCUGCAGUGUCGCGACCCAACCAUUCUGUGAUCCGACCCCCAACAGUGCUGCUCUUAGCUUAAAAAACAAAUUGUGGUUGGUCAGACUUCCUGCUGUCUCAUCUAGUUUGGCUCUGAAAUAUGCCAUUUAGUUGGUUCACGAUUCAUUUCCCCUUGGUUGCUGCUGAGUAAACGUUUGACCCUUGCCCGUUUUAUUUUUCCUUUUGCAAUUCACCAUGAUAUAUAUUUGUAGCGUUACAUGUCAGAGGCUUUUUCAACUGAACUUUGUUUUUCAGAAAAACAACAAACUUUUCUUAAAAACAUGAAACCUUCAUGUGAGCCAGAAGCAUGGCAGCUGCUGUUUCUCAGGUUUCAUAAAUAGUUGUGCCUUGACAUAAUUUAAAAUCUGUUGAAACAGAUGAAGACUGAGGGCAAGGAGGAGUAGGAACCAGGUCUUCAUUAAUUUCCCUUUGAAUUCAGCUAUGACUUGUCUCACUUUCUAAUACAGAGCAGCGUAAGCUCCUUGGAAAGAGAUUACAAAUAAUAUGGUUGGUGCAUUAAUCUGGGCUUCUUGGUGGAUGUUGACAACCUAUUUUUAAAUCUGACAAACAAGACGGUGGAAAGUAAUCUUGUAGCAUUCAGCUGUAUGAAGAUCUAGGGAAGAUCUUACUCAGCCCCAUCCCAUGAUUUUUAGUGUCUACACAAAAGUGUCGGAAUAGGUUGCCUGGGGAUUUGUGAUUAGGUGAUAUCAGUGUACUGAGGACCUUCCUCCUUUAUCUUCUGAGCCAGGUGAGGUGGUGUGAAGGGCCUUCAGUGGGAAAGUGGGCUAUAAAUUUAUGAAUUAUUAAGUAAAUAGGAUUCUGGUGGUAGUAAGUGAUGUAGGAACCAGAGAAGGACAUAUCUUCCGGCAAGUUGAGAGUAAAGGCUUAAAAGUUAGGCUGAGAAUGAGAACUUUAAAAUUUUGGGAAUGUAGGGGUGGUCCCUCCAGACUUACGUUUUGUUUCAGGUGCCUCCUGAGACAUAUUCUUGAGUCAUGACACAAUCAUGGUGCAUCAGUGGUGGGUUGAUUUUUCUUUACCUUGUUGUGCGAUCCUUCCCCAAUGCCAGCUCAUCGUUGCUUUCCGGGAGGAUAAAAUGCAGCAAAAGGGAGGUGAAAAUAAGCCCAAACAUUUGUGGUAUUCCAUAUUGUUACGUAAAUAAUAAAUGAAUGAAUGAAUGAAGAAUUGUAAAUUGAAUAUAAGGAAUGAAAUGUGAAUUAGAGAUAAAUAUGUAAUAUCAAACAGCAGUGCGGAAAACUAUGGAACGUAACUAUGACUAGGAGUGGGAAGUCAACUUUUUGGAAAAAUUGUGUUAAAUUUGAUGUAAUUUGGCAUUGAUUUGUUUUUUAAAAAAUGGAAAACAAAUAUUAUUUGGCUAAAUAAAUAAAUAAAUAGUUAGUUAGUUAGUUAUGAGUUUUCAGCAGGGAGUAGGGGAUAUGUACUGAUUGCAAAUGAAGCAGUGUGACCACCAGAAAACUUUUGCAGGGUUGCAUAAGCUUAGUUGUACUGUACUGCAUAUGACCAUAGCCUUGCCUGCCAGAGCUAGGGGUCUUUUUAUUAAGGGCAUCUAUCCCCCCUCCUUCCUCUAGCUCUCUCAGUGCAAUGAAUGGUCAAAUUUAGAACUGCAGCAGCCUUCAGUUGUACUGUACUACAAAUCCCACACCCAUAUAUGUUUGUCAUAGAAUCCCAGAACUGUUGAGUUGGAAGAGACCCUGAGGAUCAUCUAAUCCAACCCCCUUUUGCUCAAACCACGACUCUGAGAUUAAGAGUCUCAUGCUCUGCUGACGGAACUGUCCCAGGGCAAAGCGUUUAUUUACUAUGUUUACACCCUGGUUUUCUGGUAUGAUGGAACUCAAGACAGCAUUCAUAGGGGCUGCCAGGCUGUCUCUUGCCCUGCUUAGCUUUAGCAAAGUUGCUGCAUCAUGCACCUUGAGAACCUGCCCUGUUCUGAGACCAUUCAGAGCUUUGAAGAGAGUUAACUAUACUGGACAAGUUAUUGGCUUAGUUUGCUUAGAAUGUACACAUUCCCAAGACUUCCUGGCAGCUGCAUGUUUCAGUGGAAGACGGAUAGUAGUGCCUGUCUUCUGUUAUUGACUGUGCCACUGAGGUACCCCAAAGUUCCUCCAAACACAGCUGGAAAACCACUUUUCUAGGCUGAUCAGUCUUUGAACAUGCUGUAUUUAUUAUAUUUCUUUCAUUUUCUCGUGUGAUACUGAGAUGCAGUGGGAGUAACAUAAAUGACCAGGCAACUCCCAUUUAUUUUCAGUGACAGCAGUUUGGUCAUGAAUGGGCUGCCUGUGAGAUGUGCUUGUUGAACUGCGUUCACAGUUUUUUAAAAAAAAAAAAUUCUGUGGCAAUUAAUAUGAGCUGGAAUCUGCAGCCUGUUCGGCAAAUUACGGAUCAUGUUUGCACAAUUUCUUCCUUUUGCAAACUGUUCUGCGAUUGCUGCUGUUUUGCACAAUUGUCAUAGAAGAGGAAAGGAUGCUUGAAUCUCCCAACCCGAACAAAUGUUAUUUAGGCCUCUCUGCUCUCAGACUUCAGCAUUUAUUAUUACUCAUACAGAUGUUGCAGCCUUAUGGGCUAGCCUUGUGUCCCUCAAAGCUGAAUUCUGUGCUUGUCACAUUCUGCUCUUUCCCCCUCUUGUUCAGCCACAGCCCUAGUUUUUCCGCUAGGUAAAUCCCUUUAGCUCAUCAUUGUAUAGCUCAUCAUUGUAUUACAGGAUAUUCCUGUAAUCAGCCAUAUUGACUUUGAAAAUGCUGGAGUGAAUCAGGGUGCCCAUACUUGCUUAUUUUGUGCUGCACUGAAUUCAGUCUAAGAAGCCACAACAAUGGCACAUUCUGUUAGUGAGGGACGUGCUGCUUGUAGCGUAGUCACUUUGCACGGCCACGGAGUGUGUGGAAGGUCUGUAGCUAUUACAGUGAAAGCAGGCACGACUUCGGGGUCUUAGCACAAAGAACCUUUUAAUGCUGUUAUGUAAGCACGCACGGUGGUGUCUCUCUCUCUCCCCUUAACGGUGUGAUAAAAAUGAGAGUGCCUGCUUGUUUCAUACAAAAGUGCCGUACUCCUAAUUAAAUAAUGGGUUGUGUUGGGGAUUUAUUGGAAUUAUUCUCUCUUCCCUUUUCAAAUUUCCAUUUUGCAUGAAUGGCCGCGACAAUUUGUGUUGCUUAAGGCUACAUUGCGUUUGUUCAGGCAGCCAGAAUAUUCACUGACCGAUCGGGUAGUUAUCUCAUGAACAGAGCACAACCCCGAGCGCAUGACGAGGAUUUGAUCUGACAGUUUUACUGUCAUGCAAUGCAAAGAGGUUUUAAAGCAAGAGGAAGGAGAAGCAGCCAUCUGGGUGUUGUAGGAGGAAUCUGGGCUGUCCUCAGUUGUCAGAAAUGAUGCAAGAUGCUUUCCAGCAUACACAGCUGCUUCUCUCUGGCUCAUCUGUCUGUCUGUCUGUCUGUCUAUCUGUCUAUCCAUCCAUCCAUCUAUCUAUCUAUCUGUAUCUCUAUCUCUAUCUGUAUCUGUAUCUGUAUCUGUAUCUGUAUCUGUAUCUGUAUCUGUAUCUGUAUCUGUAUCUGUAUCUGUAUCUCUCUCUAUCUCUAUCUCUAUCUCUAUCUCUCCAUCUAUCAUCUAUCAUCUAUCAUCCAUCCAUCCAUCUGGCUAUCUAGCUAUCAUCUAUCAUGGAUCAUUGUUGGCAUCCAUCUGUCUCGAGAGACAAUGGAAGAAUGCACCAUUGGGGGUAAAGUCAAAUCGUUAGGAGACUUACAGCGCCUGCUGUGGCUGUAGAGGCCAGUACUAAAGAGACUUGUUUUAUUGCAGCUGGGGAAGAUGAAGGCAUCUGGUUUCACUGUUACAGAUGCACCAUGACAUUUCUUCUCUCCUAUCAGAGAGAGUGAGAGAGCGCUAAUUUUAAUAUUCUCCAUAUUUUAAAUGCUUAUUAUGUAACUUCAAAAGAAAGCUAAGCAGUGACAGAUACGCAUCAAUAUGGACCAUACGUCGGCUUUUGAAUCCAGACUUACAUUUUUACUUUCAUAAGUCCUUGGUAUAUUUACAAACAGGCAUAAAAGUCACAGAUUAAAUUUGUUAAUUGCAGUGAGUUCACUUUUGUAAUGGAUAGUGUUCAGGACUGGAAAAACCCUAUGCCCUGUUUAAAGUAAAGCAGUAUCUAUUGAGAUUAUUGAUGAUAAUGACAAUGAAACACCUUUCCUAGAAAGGUGUGUGUGUGUUGUCUGGUCAAUCUUUUUUGUCUCACCAAAUCCUGGAAGCAAAGCCAGUGUAUUUGACCUGAGAAUUGUGAAAGACUGAAAUGAGAGAACUUAACCAUUUUUUACACUAGGUAUUGGAAUGAAAUAUAUGACAGGAAUUCAUUUGGAUUUUCUGGUUCUGUGAAGGAAGCAGAAGCUGAGGAAGAACUAUUGACUUGUGUUCCUGAAAUGCAAAUGCAAACUUCUGGUUCAUUACAAGCACACAAAUGAAGCACAACAUUUUUCUUCUCCUGGAACAUUUCCGUAAUUGAAAGUGAAGCCAGAGUGCAGCAGUUAAGCAGUUGCUGCUGCUUGUUUUCUGCUUCAGUUCUGCUUUAUUCUAAAAAUGUCAGGAAUGAUGAUGACCUAGAGGGUUUUUGAUGGGGCAGGUGGUUCACAUAUUUCACUGUUGUGUAAGCCUGAUGGAAACUUCCACUGUAACGUGCAGGUUCUUACCCUCUCCCACUUUUUUUAUUGGAUGUCCUUUAGUUUGGUUGUAUACAGUGCAGAGUGAUUUUCAUUUGCUUCCAGUUCUUCAGCUGCACUGUUCUACUCUAGUGAACUUCAGCCUUGAGCGUUUAGGUUUAGAGUACAGUUUUGAAAAUACAUGACCGAGUUACACCACUAAAACUGAGCAGGUCUUAACACUGCAAGCAGCCAGACUGUUUGGGCACCAUUCCUUUAGCUGCUCUAUUCUCUUUGGAAGAAGGGCAGGGUGUUACGAAUAAAAUGUCUCGAAGCUGUUAAUCUGCCUCCCAGGCUUCAUACCAUCACUAGUUCCUGGUGCUACGUGAUGCAAACGAUUUCCUCCUUAAUCCUACCUUAAUUGUCUUUUUAUGGAAAUGGGCCUACAUAGGAUUUGGGUCAUCCUUGGCAGCCGUGUCAUUUUCCUAAAUGCAAAGCUGCCAUUGUAGUUUCUGCCUUCAGUUGGAGUUGGGAGAAGUAGCUUCUGGUAUCCGUCAAAACUUUGUGUGAACCAUUUGUCCAUAAUAAGCGUAUACACACACUAUGCACUGUAAGCAAGGGCAUAUGUGCUGCCUAAAAAUGUUCUUUGCAUAGCUUACAUUAUCAAUGAAAUAUCAAAAUUACAGCUGUACUAGGUGUAGGCACUGUGUUAACCGUAAUAACAAUUUCCCCUGCUUAAGUGUACCACGUGUGGGAGUGAACUACCAGGAAAACAGGGUAUUACAAGUGUUGUCUAUGGCGUAUCAUUUGCAGACUUUUGCUGAGGUUUUAUUCCUCCUUUCUUUUGAUAUAGAAAAAUAGGGAUGGUUGGCUUUUGCUGCCCGACUCCCCAAGGGACAGAGUCCCCUAAAUCCAUGAUGGGUCAGAGAUGAAUGGAUGGAGGCAGGAGGCAGUGAAAGCAAGGCAGAUCUUUUAUUUUUCUGUUGCAACUGAGUUCCCACCCCUCCUAGCAAGGAGGCAAGAGAGACCCAGAACCAAGAAGAAACAUCCCUUUUAAGGGUUUGCAUUUUGGUGUGCAGAAAAAGGACAUCCCCUCUACAAAGAGUCAGAAAUUACAUCUCACAUAAGGUGGGGUUACUGUGGCUCAGGUAGGCCAAGGCGUGAUGUUCCUGAGGAUUUAGCAAGUUUUACAUAGUUCCAGACAGUUUACACAAAACACCAGCAUUUGAUAAGACAACCAGAAUGCAGGUCAGAUAUCCCUCAAUGCAGAGCAUCUGGGCAAACGAUGACAAUUAAUACAAAGGAGGUUCAUAGAUCUAGGAGAUGAAUCCCUUCUGCCUCCAUGUUCUCAGGCAAGGGGGAUUAAGGAGGCAGAGGAAAUACUUAGAGUCUUUUGGAUUGCUCUCCUGUACUAUUUUAGACAUGUGGUUUAGAUACUUACAUAUGUGUGUUUACCUUGUGCAGUUAUCAACAUUCUAUAUUUGAGACCUUAGAAUUCCUAUAACUAUUUCAUUUUUGGGAGCUGCACAAAUUCAGCCAGUUUUGAGAAAUGACAAGAGAAUUGUUCUGCCAAGCUGUUUCACUUGAGUGGAUAUAGUAACAGUGAACUGCAAAUCUCGUCAGUACAUGUGUGAGGAUAGCGUUUUUAUCCCCCCCCCCCCCAGUAUAAAAUCAUGGAAUUGUAGAGUUAGAAGGUACCCUGGGGGUCAUCUAAUCUAACCCACUGCUAAUCAGGAACCUCACAGUGCUUCUCAUCAAGGCUUGGAGAUUUGAAUUUAUUAAAAGUAGCUAGGUGUUCCCUUACCACACCUCUUCCUGCCUUGGGCUGCAGCUCCAUCCUUGCAUCAUUUAUUCUGUUACCACUAGUUUUAGGCACUGCUUUCCUUUUGGGUGAAGAUAGAGGCAAAGUAGGUGUUGAGCAGUUCCACCUUAUCUCAGUAUGCAUCCUUUGAAUCUCAUUUGCCUUGUGGUUGCCCGUCUGCUCUGUUUGGAGAGGUCCUUAUUUGAAGGUUUUUGCCGUUUGCUUGGAUUUUCACCAUCCUGGAUUAUUCGGAGUCCUCCACAAAUUUGGGCACUUAAAAAGGUAAAGGGUAAAGGGACCCCUGACCAUUAGGUCCAGUCGUGGCCGACUCUGGGGUUGCGGCGCUCAUCUUGCUUUAUUGGCCGAGGGAGCCGGCGUACAGCUUCCGGGUCAUGUGGCCAGCAUGACUAGCCACUUCUGGCGAACCAGAGCAGCGCACGGAAACGCCGUUUACCUUCCCGCCGGAGCAGUACCUAUUUAUCUACUUGCACUUUGACGUGCUUUUGAACUGCUAGGUUGGCAGGAGCAGGGACCGAGCAACGGGAGUUCACCCCGUCACAGGGAUUCAAACUGCCGACCUUCUGAUCGGCAAGUCCUAGGCUCUGUGGUUUAACCCACAGCGCCACCCGCUUACUUUGACUUAAUUAUGAGGAAAUUGAAUAACAACAGUCCCAGUGCAGAUCCUUGGGAGACUUCGCUUCUUACUUUUCUCCGUUGUGAGGCUGUAUUUACUCUUGCUGCCUGGUUGAUGGUUAAACAAAAGGAAGCAAUCAGUGCACAUCCUCUUAUCAUAUUUGUGUUAAUUUCAUUAGUUUUAAUUGCCAUGAGCUCCGGAUAUAAAAAUGCAAACAAAUCUUCCCUCUGUUGAGUUUACUAGUAAAUACAGUGAUUAGUGUUAAAUACUAAUCACUGCUGGUUAGGGACUUCAUAAAAUGCUUUUUGAAAGCCUAAGUAGCCUGAUUGCAGCCAGCAUGUUUGUCCAUGGUGGAACAUGAAGGCACAAGAUAUUGAAAGGAAAAAUAAUGUCACAAAUAAAUUUUUGCAGUUUAUAUAUGUGUGAGUAGGCGUGCUUGUAUUUGCUGGACUAGAUUGAGAUAUAAUUGAGGUCCUCUCCUAAAUUAUAUAGCCUUAGAGUUGAAAUCAAAUAAAAGUUGGAUUCUUGUGAUUUAGUUGUCUGCCUGCAAUAGCAAUAAAACAUGUCCUCUGUUUCAAGGGGAUGGCCUUCCCUGUGGACUUACUGGAAAACUACAGUCAUGAAGACCUGGAAAGUUCUGGAGAAGAUUAUAUGUCUGAUCUCAGGUGUGGGGAUCCAGAAAACCCAGAGUUCCUGUCUCUUGCCAGUAAUGUCAAAGUAAGAUUUGAGAAUUAGCUUGGCAUCUUGGUGUUUUAUAUGUCUGUUAACAGUGGACUUUAGUUGUACAUUUAUAAUGGCUUUCAAUACUCUGUUACUCAGAGCCUUUUACUCUCCCAGUAUUUGUCAGAUGGGGUAUAUAUGGCCUGUGUCACAGGCAUUGUGUGUUCUGGAUCAGCCUUUCCCAGCUUUUGGUCCCCAGAUGUUGUUGGACCUCAACUCCUAGCAUCCCUGGCCACUGGUCCUGCUGGAUCUAGGGAUGAUGGGAUUUAUAGUCCAACAACACUUAGGGACCGAAGGUUGGGAAAGGCUGUUUUGGAGGCGCUGAGGGCCCAGUUGUUUGUCUGCCUGUUUGUUUUUUUAAAAAGACCAAUGUCAUAGGAGAAUCAAGGAGAUGGACACCCCCAUCCAUCACUCACAAUUUCCAACUUUUUGUUUUGCUUUUCUCUUUGUAAUUUAAUGCCACAGCUAAAUCUUUCAUUCUUGGAUCCUGGCAUGUCCUUGGUAAAUUGAUAUGCAGCAAAGCAGAGGGAGAAACCGUGUCUGGUUCUUUCUUUAAAAAAACCUUUGACGACUGCAGCAGAACAAAUGAGUCUAUUGUCUCUUCUGUAGCAUAUUUUAAUGUGUGACUGUGCUAACAAUUUUACAGCAGAAGAAGAACAUGAAAAGAUAAUAAUGUUUUUCUUCUCCUUCCUUCCCCCCACUCCCUAGAUCCCAAUUCGUCUAUCCACAAUAGGCUUCGUCCCCCUUUAUGGCGGAGAGGAAAGGCACAAAGUCCUUGCUUUGUUUGCGCCAGAGGAUUCGCUCACAGGUUUCACUUAAAUUUUUGUUUCAGUAUUGUAGUAUUCUGCUCUGAGUCUUUUUAUUUUUACUAUGCUUACUUAUUUCUUGUCCUUGCUCCUGAAUCUCUCUGUAAUUGUGCAUUUCAGAACCAUAAUAACUUUAGUUGGUACUGAAGCCAGGGUGUGGAGCAGCUGACUAGGCUGUGUAAUGUUUGGUCUGUAGGAAAGACCUGCAACCUGUCCGUCAGUGUUGCCUUGUGGGCACUGAUAGAUUAUACAACCUAAGGAGGUGAUCCCAGAGAACAUCCCUGGCUGUUGGAUGGACUAGUGCUGCUAUGCCCCCUUCACUGUUAUUUUGGAAGCAGGAGCAGUUUGCCAUUACUGAAUGGAAGCAAAGAGCCUGAGGUUCAGAUGUAACAACGAACCAUGGUUGGAUGUUACAAGUAUGAGCCUUGAUGUCAUGCGUUCCCUCUCCACCCAAGAACAGAAGAGGUUUAAAGUUUCUGUUCCUGGUUGUUUCAAACCAUGGUGUACCUUUUUCACCCAACCCACAGUUUUCCAAGUUCGGACAGAACAGGAAACUGCCCUUAAGAGCAAGCCAAGAAAAGGAGCUUUGAAUCUCUUACCCUUGCACACCGAAGCAAAGAGGUAGCAAUCUGGCUCGUCCUCAUAACCGGCCAUGGUUUGUUGUUGCAGCUUGAAGUAGGGCCUGUGUCCAUCAACGCUACUGUAAAGGCCAGCUAGCUUCUCUUCUCCCCACACUGCCCCUCCUGCUGAACCCUUUUGGCUAAGGCUUAAUAAGUGACGAGGACUGAAACGUAAUGUGUUGAACAAGUGUUCACUGUGAAUAAAAAUAACCCUUAGAGUGCAAUCCCAAUGCUCCUAAUUUGGAGGAGGUCAAGAAUUAGGUACAUAGGUACCUAUCCACCUGCAGAGAGGACUGCUGCUUGAAGGGGAGCUGGACCAGCUGGUAGAAAGCUACUGCUAGCAGUAGCAAGCAAGAAGACUCACAAAGCAACAGGAUGAAGAUAGAGCUUUGACAUCUUUGGAUUCCAAUCCCUCAGCUACAGCAGCCAGGAUCUGGCAUUGUCAAAAGGAAGACCCAGCCCCCACUUCUGCUCUGGCUGGCAUAAGCCUGUCAGAGCUGAUGCAGAAGUUGGCUCGUCACUCCUCCCAAAUAUAUCCUCUAUUAAAGUAGCAGUUUGGGACCAGUCUAUUUGGAAGAUUGACCUACCCCAUAUAUGCAGCCUUGACAUCUUUGGUUCGCAGGACGAUUACAGAUGCGACAGAAUACUUGUUCCACACAAGAAAUUUAUCUUUUUGUGUGACCCCCCAUAUACACUUAGGAACUCCCAAAGUUGACAUCCGGCAGGUGCCUCUUGCUGGAGUCCCGUAGAAAACAUCGGCACGCAUCCAAAAUACAUGGGCACGAUAUAAAGCGUAUUAGCAGAGUCAAUGAAAGCAAAAUUGUGUGGGAAUUGUGGCAUCAAGUAUUUUAUUAUUUACAACAAAAGAAACAUGGCAUUUUGUGUGAGCUCCUCACACAUCCUCUCUAGCUAGACAGAGAGCAAAGAAUGGAAGUUUGUCGGCUUGAUUUCUGCUGGCACACAGUGAUAAGAAAUGAAAUCAUCCCAUCACGUGACCCUCUGCAAUAGCGGCAGUGGAAAAUACUGACACCUUCACUACACUCAUUCUAGCACUUGCUUAGAAUAUUUUUGGUUAAGCAAGUCUCUCCAGACAUACAAAAGUUACAUGUGUUUUAUGUUUUUGGUUUUUUUAAGCUACGGUUGAUUUUAACCAGAUUUGAAUAUUUUAAAAUAUCUGUUUUAAACUGUUCUUUGGCGACCGUUUUAAUUUUUGGAAACUUCUUAGAGAUAAAUUACAACUAACAGGUGUAGAUUAAAAAACAACAACUGUAGUAGCAUUGUUAUACCUACUUUUAUGCAACUUCACACUUACUCAACAUAAUUAAGACCAUCGCCACCAUUGUCCUAGCUUCAUAUUUCUCUUUUCUCAUUCAAGCUGUUGCCCUUUUCCUUGCUGAUCAGUGGUGGCCUGUUGAUGAUAUUGUGAGAACAUCUGAUCCUUCCAGAGAAGGACUUUUGCAGGUACGUAAAGCUUUUGUUCUGUUAAGUGUGUGUGUAAUCUGAGAAGCCAUCUAAUCCAAACAGAGAUACUGCGUAAUGUAUUCAGAGUGUCUAAUUCAUAUUUACUUGGAACAGAAUUGGUGUGUGUUGCAUGCACAGAGAUGUGCAGGCAGUGCUUUCUAUAAUUCUGAUUAUGUUUUCGGGUUGUGGCGCAAGCGACUUGUAUGUGUCGCAGGAAGCUGACUCUUUUUUAAAAAAGCAUGUAUACACUACAAAUUUAAGAUGGCUCAGCUGAUAAACAGCUUUUUCCUCAGCAAAUCCUGGCAGAUAAUAUUUUUGAGUGAGUGGUCAGGCUGCCUCACGUAAUCAACAGCCCUCUCCCCGGAUCUCCAGGUCCCAUAGUCUCAUGAAAAAAGUGACAGUAGCUUAACCAUGAGCACUGUUUUGCUGGAAAGGUAGGAUACAAAUUUAACAACUGACAAAUAAAUUAACACUUUAAUGUGGGUCUGCCCUAUCAUCAGGUGUUCCUCUAAUUCCUGGCUUUAUGGUGUAUGUAUUAUGUUUAUGAAGAAUUGAUGCUUUUGAAUUAUGGUGCUGGAGGAGACUCUUGAGAGUCCCAUGGACUGCAAGAAGAUCAAACGUAUCCAUUCUUGAGGAAAUCAGCCCUGAGUGCUCACUGGAAGGACAGAUCGUGAAGCUGAGGCUCCAAUACUUUGGCCACCUCAUGAGAAGAGAAGACUCCCUGGAAAAGACCCUGAUGUUGGGAAAGAUGGAGGGCACAAGGAGAAGGGGACGACAGAGGACGAGAUGGUUGGACAGUGUUCUCGAAGCUACAAACUGAGUAUGACCAAACUGUGGGAGGCAGUGGAAGACAGGAGUGCCUGGCGUGCUCUGGUCCAUGGGGUCACGAAGAGUCAGACAUGACUAAACGACUAAACAACAACAAUUAUGUUUGUAUUAUCUAAAGUAUUACAGUUCUCUUGAGUUAGUUUACAAAUGAAGAUAAAAACAAACGGAAUAACGUAGUGUGUCAUAACCACAAAACCCAAACAUAUUUUUAGAAAAAAAUUAAUCUACCCCUCUUUGCUACCUUGAAAGUAGGGAUGUGGAUUCAGCAAAAUUUAGCCACAUGGCCUUUUUGGAACAAUAUUCUUUUCUUCUUCAAUCAUAGUCAUAUUCUUUCUAUGUGUUUACUAUAGGUGAACUCUAUUGGAGAGAGAGUGGUCCUCUAUGUGCUAAAUAGAUUAAUUUAUCGCAAGCAAGAAAUGGAGAAAAAUGAAUGCCCAUUCCUCUGUCAUGGUAGCCAUGAUUAUGCGAAAAUACUAUGGAAGAAAGGAGAGGCAAUUGGUUUUUAUUCUGUUAAGCUUCCAGGUAAGACUUCCCUUUUAAAAUAAAAUCACAAAAUGCCAUUUAAUGCAAGGCAGAGAGAAACAAAGUCCAUAGUUUUACAUUGUUUGAGAACCAUGCUUGUAGUCUUCUUGCACUUUUACGUUCAGGGUGAUAAGUGGUAAUGGCAACGGAGGCCAUGCAGAAACUGAAAACCAGAACAUUAUAAAAGCAGCAUAAAAUAGAAAGCAGAAUUAAAAUGGUAUCUAUGAAGCUUGGGAAAACAAUGAGGUCUUUGCCGGACACUGAAAGGACAGUAAAGUUCAUUUUAAAACAUAACAGUAUAAAAAAAAUACUUAUUUUAACAUCUUGCCAAUCUAAUUCCACAAAUAAACCUGCAAUGGAUGUCCUCAAAACUAAUUGCACUUGCUGUAUUUGGGGGGCCGAAUGGAUUAUGUUAUAUAGCCUUGAUGUCUGUUGGAAACUUGAUACUUGGGCAGAUGGGUUUCUAGCCUGCUAUAGCUAACCGCAUCUUAGGGGAAGGCAGUAAGCAGAUGGCAGUCUUUUUGUGUGUUUGUUCCUGUUGAUACUUUGACCUUUGUGAACAGAAUACACUAUUUCAAAGUAUAUUUGAAGUUUACAGUUGGUCUCAGGGAUUUGUAGCCUGUUGUUGUUUUUAAAUUGUUCCUCUUGGUGGGUAGGAAAGUGAUUGCUAUAAAAUCAUCCAAAUAAGUUGGCAUGCCCAAGUAUGCCCCCUUGCCAUCACCUGAGACUAGAAGUAGUGAGGAUAAGGUUCUGCAGUAAGUUACUUUCAAUACUGUUUGUCCAACCUUGCCACCCCUAAUUGCAUCCCAGGUUUGUUAUGUUAGCCUGGCACUGCCAGAAUCAAGAGUAAUGGGGUAAGAACAGAAAGGUAAGUUGAUACUUGCCAGUGUUAAUGUAGGACUAACAGCAAUCACAGGGAUGCGGGUGGCACUGUGGUCUAAACCAUUGGGCCUCUUGGGCUUGCUGAUCAGAAGGCUGGCAGUUCGAAUCCGCACAUUAAGUUGAGCUCCUGUUGCUCUGUCCCGGCUCCUCCCUACCUAGCAGUUUGAAAGCAUGCCAGUGCAAGUAGAUAAAUAGGUACUGCUGUGGCAGGAAAGUAAACGGUGUUUCCCUGCGCUCUGGCUUCCAUCAUGGUGUCCCGUUGUGCCAGAAGCGGUUUAGUUAUGCUGGCCACAUGACCUGGAAAGCUGUCUGUGGACAAACGCCAGCUCCUUCGGCCUGAAAGCAAGGUGAGUGCCGCAACCCCAUAGUUGCCUUUGACUGGACUUAACCGUCCAGGGGUCCUUUUACUAACAUCAAUGUUGAAGAUAUAACUUGAACCCAAAAAAGAAAUAAAAAAUGUGACUGAGUCUAACAUAAGUUGAUCUUUGCGAAAAACAUGUGUUGGCAUUGUCUGGUGUAUUAAAACCCUUGGCAAUAGAAAUUCUGGAAUUUAAUUAAUGCAGGUUUAAGACCCCUGUUCUCUGUCUAAUAACAUCAUGGCCAGUUUGGCAUCUCACUUUGCUCAGCUGUAUUCCUUUGAAUUCCGACGUCGCCUGCAGUUUUCCUCUUCCUGUCUCCCUUGCCCACCUGGGGGCAGUGUAUACAGAGAGAUGUGUACAACUAAUUAGCAUGUUGUAUCAGGGAUAAAUCUAGAGGAUCUCUGAUUCCCACUUUGAGGUAUUCUUAUUGAACCAGAUGUGGUGGGCCCUAUUUUUGCAUCUCUCUUUACCACUAUUAAUGCCACUCUUAGAUCGCCAAAUUGGAAACAGAGCAUGGUCAUCCCAUUACAUAAAGGGGACCCACAGAUCCGCGUAACUAUCGACCCAUCAGCCUGCUGGGCAUGUCAUGCAAGGUUUUACUCUGAUUCUUGCUAGAAAUUAAUCAGUGGGCAGAAGAAACAAAGCUAUUCCACUCCAGAACAGGCUGGCUUCCGUAAAGGUCACAGUAUCUGUGUCUCUUGUCUCUUGCCUGAUUGAUAAUACCUAAACGGGUUUGGCUACCCAAACUGCCCAGCUUUGUGACCCUGGCCUCCGCUUUUGGCUCCCAUUCCCAGGUAAUUGUAGAGAAACGUUCUAUAACAUAGAUAAGAGACUCCUCCUUCUUCUUAGCAAAUUCAUGUGACAUAUCAGCCAGUAAAUUCCCAUUUUUAUAGAACUCUUUCUGAUUCUUUCCUCUGAAAUAAAGAGGUCAAACAGGGCUGCCUCUUGGCCCCUUUUCUAUUCAAUUUCUAUAUCAACGACAUCGUUACAACUAUGCAGGCCCUAAAUCAAUCUGCCCUUAGCAAUAGAUCCCCAUAUUUACUCUAUACGGACGACAUGGUGAUACUGUCUUUAACCAAGCAGGGCUUAACAACAUAUAUCAAGAUAUGACAUAUUGUGAUACCAAUUCCCUCAAAAUCAAUUUGCUUAAAACCAAAUUCUUACUUGGCCUUUUGAAAGGCAUGGAAGUCAUUCAUGGACUUUGGGAAUUUCUGUGAAUAUUGCUCAGCUUUCAGAGUAUUUGGGAAUCCUUUCAGCAUGGGCUUAGCUGGUCAGCUCACCUAAAUAUGACCAUCCUACACAAACCUUGUGAACCAUCAAAGCCUUGGAGGAAAUUCUUCUGUGCAGGCGGCCCAGUUGGCCACCAAUCAGAAAGCAUUUAUUAGCAAAUCCUCGAUGUUACUGUAUGCUGGUUGAAAUCUGAAGUGGUAAACACUAGCAGCUGGAGAUUCUGCAAAACUCUUUUACCUGAAAGAUACUGGAGGUCUCCCAAGGGCUCGGUUGCUGCUCAGUUAAGAACAGAACUGGGCCUCCCUCCACAUUGUUGCGGGAGCCCUUAGAAUUGUGGUUUUUGUGCAAAUUAAUCAAUGCCCCAGGUUCCCUACUAGCCAGGCAAGCCUUUUUAACUUGUUCUCAUAACAAAUGGUCCAAGGCCAUGGAGACUAUUACUGUACGCUACUCCCACUCCCAGAAUUCGGCACGUUGUCAUCUUGGGACCAACUUAGCAUAAAAUCCGGGCCUGGAUUCUUAUAAGAGAUGAGGCCAUGGACCGGGCUUUGAUCACCUCAGCUCGCCUCUCAUGUAGCUCCCUAAAGUGAAAAGUGGUAAGAUCCUUGCCAACUUCUUGAUAUAGACCUGACGGGCCCAAUUUGAGAAGAGCGUUUGUGUGAUUUCAUUCUGACCUUCCUGGGGACCUACUCUAAGACCCUGUCUACAAAGCGUCUAUGUCCAUGCACAACCGAAUAGUGAGACUUCCUGCAUUUCUUUUUCUACUGCCCUAUUUAUGACCCCAGCCAGAGACUAAAGCUCCCUCCACUCUUGGUCCGUCCUCCCAUUUCAUCUAAGGAGAGAGACUGUCUGAAAGCACUUCUUACUGGACAUAAAUCCCCAAAUUUCCGUGGGGUGCUUAGUCUUGCAGUGCAGGCUCUGAAACUCAGGGCUUCUCUGACAGGGUAGUGUGCCUAGUCCUGGACCUGUUUAAUUCUUUUAUUACCUUUUAACUCAGUAAUGCUGAGCUCAUGCAGGGCCAUUUUAUGCUUUAUUUAUGUAUCCAUGCUGGUUUUGCUGUUUUACAGCAGCCGUCUGUGUCUUGGGUGUUUUAAAUGUAUAUUCGCCAGCAAUAUCGCUUUGAAUUUUGCUUGGUUGCUUGUCCCCAACAUUUUUUGUAUUGUCUUAUUUUGCUAUGGCUGUAUGCUAAUGCAAUUAAAUUAAAUUAUUAUUAUUAUAAUGAGCUGAUCAAAGUAGAAGUUAUAUGCCUGGGCAGCAGUGAAGAUUUUUCUGUUUUGCGGGGUGGGGUUUAGAGAAGAAGGUGCAAAAAGAAAAUAGAACAUUUUUGAGGUGCAUAACCAAAAAUAUACCGUAAGUUGCUAAGUUCAUAAGCUGUCCAGAUAAUGAUUUUGGGGUUGUUACAGAAAUGCAUGCAGGGCAGAGAGAAAAGGAUUGCUUAGUUGUCUUUGAAGAACACCUUGGGUACAGCAACAGAAUGAAUGCCAAUCAGAGCUGCUGUUAUGAUUGCAGGAAGCAUAUGUGGUGCCUUUCUGACCCAGAGCUACCAGCUUCCGGUCCUUGAUACAAUGUUUGUGAGGAAGAAACAUCGAGGGAAAGAUUAUGGGCUCCUGAUGCUGGAAGAUUUUGUGGAUUCUUUCACAGAAGAUGCUCUUGGCCUGCGGUUCCCACUCACGUCUUUUAUGCUUGUUGGUAAGCCCUUCUGUUAGUCUCAUUGCAUCAAACCAUUCUGAUAUGGAUAAUGUAUUUUUUUAGUUUCUAGGGUUCUGCCUAAAGGGCCAUCCAAUUAUAUCCAAACAGAGACAGAAAGCUCCUUGAUCUCAGGAACCACAGUGCCAAAUUGGGCAACGGUAUCUUCAGAGGUGUCCAAAUCAGCACUGUUUGAAAUGGUUCCGACCAGCAUUUUGAUUCAAAAUGGUGUCAGAAGGUUUCUGAACAUAGGAAGAAGAAGAGGAGUUUGGAUUUGAUAUCCUGCUUUAUCACUACCCUAAGGAGUCUCAAAGCAGCUAACAUUCUCCUUUCCCUUCCUCCCCCAAAACAAACACUCUGUGAGGUGAGUGGGGCUGAGAGACUUCAGAGAAGUGUGACUAGCCCAAGGUCACCCAGCAGCUGCAUGUGGAGGAGCGGAGACGCGAACCCGGUUCCCCAGAUUACGAGUCUAUCGCUCUUAACCACUACACCACACUGGCUCUCUAGGACAAAACCUGUGCCUCCCAUCUUGGGAACAGUCAUGCCAAACUGGCUGACUAUAUCGUCAGAGGCAUCCCAAUUGGCACGGUUUGGAACUGUGUGUUCUGCCCAAGGGACCUGGGCCCCUUAGAGUUGGUGCCUGUGGUGGGAAGAAAGCAGGAAGUACACAGACAAGGAAGAAGAGAGAAAAGCCCAAGAUACAGCAGUUCUCUUAGACAAAUGAAAUAUAUUCUGUAUCAUGAUUGGAAAGCCUGUGGCUCUCCAGGUGAUGUUGAAUUCCCAGCUUCCAUCAGCCCAACCAGCAUGGCUAGUCCUGCAACAACAGGAAGGCCACAAGUUCUCCAUCCUUGUACUGAAUGUUCCCUCCCUCCCUUGAACCAGCUACAGCCAUCAAACACCCCAUUUCCUUCUGCAGUCAUCACUGUGAGUGGCUAGUUUGGGAGAUUUGUAUGUUUUUGUUUUGCUUGACCUGUGGAAAUACUGAAUGGGAAUGUUGGUUUUGGUCCUCAUAUAAUUUCUCUGUUCAUAACUUUGAAGCAGCGUAGGAAUCAAGUACAUCAAAAUCGGGCACACGCCUCAAAACGGUAUCUGCACACAACUUGGGGAGCUGCUAGGAAGAUAGGUUUUUACAUAGAUGUUUCAUACCUCAGUUACUGGAUCGGAUCUUUUGCAUUCCUGUUGGUUUUACUUGAAUUAGUCUUGGCUGUAUCCUUUUGCAUACUUCAAAGACCUGACCAGGCAAUUAAGAUAAGACAUGCAGUCUGCCACGAAGAGCUGUUCUGAAAGUUUAGGGUCUGAAAUCCCUUGGGUGUGGCAAUAGAAGAGAAAGAACUGCAGAUAUGCUUACUGCUCCCCUGGGUUAGGUUCCCAAAAGUUAUUUAAACUGGUGGCAUUUCAUAGAUGCUGAAGCUCCUGUUACUUUAGCAUUGCUUUCAGUUACCAUAUUGGCCUGAAUAUAAGCCACACCCAAAUAUAAGGCACACCUUUAAAAUGGGAGGGAGGAAAAGAAAAAAUACCCUAAUAUAAGCUCCUGCCUUCCCCCUGCUCCUGGCUGCAUACUGGGGGUACUGCAUACCCUUCGUUGCCUUUCCCCUUCCUUGCUCUCUCCCUUCCCAGCCUUGUGGGGAGAGGUCGGGGACGACGACUAUAUUCGUAAGGUCACGAAUAUAAGCCGCACUUUAACUUUUCACGGUUGGAAUUUGGGGGGAAAGUGAAGCUUAUAUUCAGGCCAAUACAGUAUACAGUGGUACCUCGGGUUAAGAACUUAAUUCGUUCUGGAGGUCUGUUCUUAACCUGAAACUGUUCUUAACCUGAGGUACCACUUUAGCUAAUGGGGUCUCACCCUGCCGCCAUGCUGCUGCCGCACGAUUUCUGUUCUCAUCCUGAAGCAAAGUUCUUAACCCGAGGUACUAUUUCUGGGUUAGCGGAGUCUGUAACCUGAAGCGUCUGUUACAGGUUACAGACGUUAAGAACUUUGCUUCAGGAUGAGAACAGAAAUUGCGUGACGGCAGUGGGAGGCCCCAUUAACUAAAGUGUUACCUCAGGUUAAGAACAGUUUCAGGUUAAGAACGGCCCUCCAGAACGAAUUAAGUUCUUAACCCAAGGUACCACUGUAUUGCUUGGGAAUUCUAAAAGGCAAACAAGAAUCUGCAGUUUUGAAAUUGGUGGUUAAAAUCAGUAGUUUUGAAAGGUUCCAUUCCACCUUGUUUCAAAAUGACAUCCAGUUGUAUCCAAACAUAGAUGAAAACCUGCUCCUUGAUACCAGGAACUAUCAUGCAAAAUUGGGUUAAAAUCAGUGUAGUUUUGAAAGGUUCAGUCCACCAUCUUGAUUCUGCAUAGCAUCCAGUUUUAUCCAAUCCUAGUGAGAAACCAACUCCUUGAGACCAGGUACUGUCAUGCAAAGUUUAGUUACGAUAUGUUAAGAGAUAUGCAAAUGUAUAGUGAACAAACAACUUUCCAAAACAUUCAUUAGUUAAAAGGUGCCUUCUUAGCUGUUCAUGAAAGCAAAUAACACAGAUGAUUUACCGAUAUAGGCUGCUCAAUGCUUAUUGGAAAACUAAUUGUGCUUAUUUACACGAGACAGCUGGUGUGGUGUUGCAAAUAGUAAAGAAUAUUUUUUUUCUCCAAAAAAAAUUCAAAAUAUUCUUAUGUAGGGCAAUUAUCCUGUCUGUGACUGAGCUGACUCUCUGUAACACUUCCUUGGAGAAGUCUUUAAAAUAAGCUUGUCAUCAUGUUGAGGAGGGAAAGUAUUUUGUAAAGUAUUAUGCAAGUACUGAACCCAUUUUAUUAAUAUUUUUCCCAGCUUGCCAGAAGUACUUUGAACGGUAUCCAGGGGAUCAUGACCUUCUGUGGGAAAUUGAAGGCACUGGCAACUUUCACCAGCGGAAAACUGUAGCUAGCAUUUUGCAGAGAGAAAGUUUCAAAUGCAUAGGUAUGAUGGCAUGGUGUAAGCAUGGCUGGGGGAGCGGAGGGGAUGUGGUGCUGAAAAAUACACGGUUGCUGAUGUGGACCUUGGAGAGAGGCUGUUUUAAAUUGGCGUUUGCAUAUUCUUUUUCUGAAUUUUUCCAAGAACAGAAGGCUCACAGAAAGAAAACAUUGGUUCCCAGGCUGAUGAAAGUUUUCUGCAGACUGCCAUGAAUACCACAAGUGAGCAGGCAUCUGAGCCCAGGGAAACACAGUUAAGUGUAGGUACACAAACUGUUUUCUCUGUUUUAGUUUGGAACUUGUGUGUCCCCUUUAUUUUUAACUUCUGAGCAGUUUUAUUGAAGUGGGAAGAAACAUCAGGGAACACUAAAAAGCAAGUUUGCUUCGGGUUGGGUGCUCUGCCCCUCCUCCCAAAUUUACUUCAAUUACAUAUAGUGAUAUUCUUCUAUAAUUAAAAAUUAAUGUUUGGAAAGGAUAUGUGAAGUGCUUCCACUGUUCUUAGAGGUAACAGGUGCUGCAUGUGUAAGCGUGUGACAGGCUUUUUACAUUUUUGCCCCCUCAUAAACCAUCGUCGUGCAUGUGAUGUUGUUCAGCAACAUGUGUAUGUUUAAAGCCUUUUACCUAGCCAGUCAGUUUAAGGAUUACUUUGUUCUGUUUUUAAUGGUUCUAUGUUUGGUUGUGUAUAACAAAACACAGAACCGUUAAAAACAGAAAAAAGUAAUCCUUAAACUGACUGGCUAGGUAAAAGACUUUAAACUUACACAUAGACAUACAGUCGUACCUCGGAAGUCAGAUGGAAUCCUUUCUGGAAGUCCGUUUGAUUUCCAGAAUGUUUGGAAAUCAAGGUGCGGCUUCCGAUUGGCUGCAGGAAGCUCCUGCAGCCAAUCGGAAGCUGUGGAAGCCGUGCUGGACGUUCGACUUCCAAAGAACACUCACUUCUGGGUUUGCAGUGGUCGGGAGUCAAAGCGUACAAGUGCCAAGGCGUUCAGCUUCCAAGGUACGACUGUACAUACAUACAUACAUAACUUGAUUUGUAUAUCGUCUUCUCAUAGUUCAAACCAUGCUCGAGGCAGCUUACAACAUGGAAAAAAUACAUAAUUUCAAACAUAACAAGAGUAGUCAUAAACUAAAACAUCAGAAAGUACACAACCCAAUUAAACAAUUUCCAUGUACAUCAUAAUAAGAUCGAAAACAAAGAUACAAAAAAUAAACAUCAAUAAUAGCAACAACUUCCCCUCAACAAUUCCCCAGCCCAAGAGUCUGUAGAGGGCUCUUGCCCCAAGGUGCAAUCUGACCUAUCCAGAUGGCACAUACUUAGUCAAAACCACCUAAAGGUGCUGCUAGACAAGCAACGCUUCACAAAGAACAAGGGCUUAUGGUCUAAAAUAGACCUAGAGAAAGGGGGAAAAUGGAGGGAUGGGAACGUAUGAGAAAGAAUGGGAUUAUAUAAAUUACACAUACUUCAGCUUAAUUACGUUAUAAGAUAUAGGGACUGGGGGGGUGAGGGAGCAGCAGUUUCUAAAGGAUCAGGAAAAGAAAUACGGGGCGAGGGAUGUGGAAGUGGAACAAUGAACAGAAAUGAGAUUAGGAUAGAGACUGAGAAAAAGGGGGCUUGUGGGUGCCAUGAAGUUUGCCAAAAAGUGUCUCUGGCAGAACCCAGAGUUCAAGCAGUCCUGGCACACACAGACUCUUCAGGGACCUUUGGCUCUUGCCACAGAGCAGCCACCUGGGCAGAGGUGAAUUGGGUGAAGGCUUUGCCUUAGGUAGGUGGUGGAGGGGAAACUUUGACUCCCUUUCAUAAGCUUGCCUGUGAAAAGAAGGAAGCAGCUGGCACAGCUUGCGCUUUUCAGGGUGGUACACAUGAAAAGGGUAAGAUAAUACCUCUCGUGUAUCCUAAGUAUUUCACGCAGACAACAAAGGGAAUUAAAUUAACUUUUGUCAAAAUCCAGAUGGUGUGUAUAAUUGAAUAAUAAUACGAAUGCAAGAAAUUGUGCCAAUAAUGUCAUAAGGAUCUUCAGUAGUGUGUCAUUUAUUUAUUUUUAAGUUUGUUGUUUCUCUCUUCCAGGCUGAUGCUCAUAAAAACAAAGAUGGCUUAGAAGUAUUUGAAGGCACAUCUGAAGGUAAAAUAAGUCUAGCUUGCAUGAUUUCUGUUAGAACUUUCUUGCAGUCCACAAUAUGCUCCAUCACCACCUAAGCUUUGUGUUCUUCACUUUUAACUAAUGCCUACCAAAGAGAGAUUUCUUUUUUAAGAAGUCAAAAACCAUGCAUGGAAAAAAUUGGCACAUUUUAACUUACUUUAAUGGAGCCCUGGGUGGUGGGGGAGGAGGGAAAUUAAGUAAAGCGCUUAGUAACUUGUGUAUUCCUAAAAAAAUUUUAAUCGUAUAAAGCACAAAAUGCAAAUGAGUUGAGUACAACCCAAAUAAGAACCAAGAUUCAGAAUACUUAAUUAAAUUGCUCAAUAGUAAAUAGAGUAGUUUGUGAUCCAGAAAAUAAAAAAUAUGAACUAAUUCCAAAACAUUUCUACUUAAUCUGGAAUAUCUGUUAUGAGUGCACAUCUUGAUUGUUUUUCAGGUUCCAAAAAGUUGUUACAAAAUUGUUCCAAUUAUAACACAAAUCCUUAGUUUCCUAAUACACUCCCAAUCGCCUCUGACCCUCACUAAAUGAAUGAGUUUAGCCAGGUAGAGGAUUUGCCAAAUAGGCUCCAAUCAGCCCUCUACUUUAGGCCAUUUACUUGAUUCCACUUGCCGCGCCUUGAACUCACUGCUGUCAAAACAAUACGUAAAAAUGCAGGUUUAUUUCAAAGAUAAAAUGACCUGGGAAUAACUCCCAUAGAACUCAAUGGAGUUUGCUUCUUAGUGCAUGGUACAUUCAUAGGAGUGCAGUGUGGAACUUGCACAGUCAUGGGAAUAAGAAAGUUCACCCUCUUUGAAUUUUGUGGUUUACAUAUGAAGACUUAAUAACAAUCUUCUGUUCCUUAGCAGGUCUUCAAACUGGGUAAAUACAACCUCAGGUGAACAACAGCACAUAACAUAUUACACCGUCUCAUGAUUUAUUUAACAGAAGUAAAGCCAAAAUGGAGAAACUAUAAGUACACCCUUACUGCUUCCAUAGGAAUUAAGGGGCUAAGCAGCAGAUAGGUGCUGCUGAUCAAAUGCCCUUCUUAAUUGAUCAUCAGCAAGUCUGUCCUUACACAGAGUAAAGGUAUUCUUAAUUUGAAGAAUACUCAGAUGAUAGUGUUACCGGUCUAUUGCAUUUGCUUUGGAGAAUGGGCAGUUCUUUAUGGUGCUUCCCUCUGAACCUGCAAAGGCAUAUGUAAAAUUUUUGUUCCUGCGGAUGUCACUGAAGGAGGAGCCACUGCCAGCACCAAAAAGUAAAAAGCAUAAGAAAAUAUGCUUCAAAUUCCUAGGAACCAGCACUUGAUUUUUUAGAUGGCUACACAAAACUGUAAAAUACUUGAUUUCUAGCAACAGCAGCACAAGGGUAGCGCAGGCUGGGUUUCUAGGCAUGUUCAAGCUUUGUGACAUUAUUUACCUGUAUUCAGAUCUGAGUGUGUGGGGUUUUCCUUCCCCUCAGAACUUAAUGCUGCUCAGCUUUCUACACGAUCGCGAGGCAAUAAUCUCAAACGUCCAAAGUUGGGGAAAAGGUUCCAAGAGCCUGAAAUGGCUGAAGAUGAAGAUAUAAGUGUUUUUCAAACACCAGAAAGCAGGUAUACUUAUGCGUGUGUGUGUGUGUUGUAUAAGAAAUGUAACGUCUCUGUUGUACUGAAUUGUACAAAGGAAUAGAUAAUAUACUUGGGUAGUUGUAGAUGGAUUGAAAUCUUGGUAUGUGAUUGCUGUUAUUAUUAUUAUUAUUAUUAUUAUUAUUAUUAUUAUUUCUACUACUACUCAUACUAUUUAUUCAGCUGAAUAUUUCAACAAUUUAAAAUACAGUAUUAAAAACAGUUUAAAAUGAAGGAAAAUUGUUGGAAGGAAAGGCUUGUUAAUGUUUAUUUUUUAUUCCUCAUCAUCAACCUAUCAGAACUAAAAGAGACUCUGCAUGCCAGAUAAAGUUUUUAACCCUGAUUUUUCACCCAUCUAUGAUUUUGACAAUGUAAUCCUAAACAUGACUGCUUGAAAUUACGUCUCGUUGCGGUCAAUAGGAAUGGAGCCUUUACCCAAUUUAGUGUGUAUAGGGUUGUAGCCUCACUGAGCAAGGUCUGCUUGCUGGAGGGAGUUAGGAUUGUGUUGAGGUGUUUUCCAGUGGAGAAGAGCAGUAGAAAAGAGCUCAUUUAGCAAGGUGGGAAACUCCACUGUGGAAGCCGUUAUUUCACCUGCAGAAAGCUCCACAUGCUUGGCCUACCACCAUUGGUGUUAUGCCCCAAAAACAGGUGUUUCGGGGGGCAGUAUAGGAGAGAGGCAGCCUUGGAUCUGCUGGAUCCAUUUCCCUUUCAUUCUCUGAAGAAGCCACGGGAUCAGGCUCCUUCAUCCAUGGCUGGUGUUGGCAUCAAUAAUUUCUGCUCAUAGGAACAAAUGCAGUAAAUUGAUUUCUAUAAAGCGUCAUUUGAAAUGAAAUACUUCCUUGAUUUUUAAAAAUGUUUCGUUAGAUGAAGUUACUGGUUGGGUUUGUCUGUAUGUCACACUGUUUUAUUAUCCGCUGCCUAAUUUCAUCUGCGUCCCUCACACUAAAAGUGUGCAUUUCAAUAUUACAUAUACCUUGAGUAUUUCACAUUCAAUGUUCUUGUUGCUGCACAGACCAGAACCUGAUGCACGUGUAUCUGAAAGUUCGGAAGAGGUGAUGGAGAUGGAAGAAAAUGUGGUUGAAAGUGAGCAGGAGGUGUUAGUUGAAAACCAGAAACAACCAGCCCAAGAAGCGCCACAGAUGUGUCCUGCAUCUGAGAAGCAAGAGGAUAAAGAGGUGUGAUUUGAAUAUAUUAAGAACAAUUUGUCUGUUUGAGGCACUAACAACCCUUUUUCUGCCAAGUAUGACAGACGAGGAAGCCAUGGGCUUCUGCCUGCUAUUGCCUUCUCUGCUUGGACAGAAGACUUUGUAUGCACUGAUAUAAGCAUCUAGAAAAAUCUAGGGUACAUAUGACCCCCUCAUGGUGUCAAGUUUAUAUAUUAAUCUAAACUCUGGAAAGGAUGUGUAAGGUAGCUUUACUUGGAAGGGACGCGGGUGGCGUUGUGGGUUAAACCACAGAGACUAGGACUUGCCGAUCAGAAGGUUGGCGGUUCGAAUCCCCACGACGGGGGGAGCUCCCGUUGCUUGGUCCCUGCUCCUGCCAACCUAGCAGUUCGAAAGCACGUCAAAGUGCAAGUAGAUAAACAGGUACCGCUCCGGCAGGAAGGUAAACAGCGUUUCCGUGUGCUGCUCUGGUUCGCCAGAAGCGGCUUAGUCAUGCUGGCCACAUGUACGCCGGCUCCCUUGGCCAAUAAAGCGAGAUGAGCGCCGCAACCCCAGAGUUGGCUACGACUGGACCUAAUGGUCAAGGGUCCCUUUACCUUUACCUAGCUUUACUUGUAACAAGUGGAAAAGGAGUUGACUGAAUAAUGUGUGCAUCCAACCAGGAAGCAAUAUUUUUUUCUUUUGUUGUUUUCUAUGCUUUUUAUAAUUUGAGACUCUUGUCACUGAUGUAUUGAAUUCUGUUGUUAACGUUACAUGAUAAAAGUGGCUUUGCACCAUUUUAAUGUGUACAUGCCAUUUUAUAGGAAAUGGAAGUGGAGCCACUCAAUGGAGAGCUCGUGGAAGAUGCUAUCAAGGUCUCAAUAGUGGCUGAAGGACAAACAGGAAGUGAAGCGGUGGAUGGAGAGUCAAAGCUGCAGUUGGAAAAUCCAGAGGAAACAACCCUAACCUUACUUGUCCCAUUAAUCCUUGAUUCGUCAGUAAAAUCCACUGAAGACAGUGAUGACAACGUUUCUGAUAAGGUGAGGGGAAAUAUAUAAGCGAUGCUUAAGAGUUUCUUCUCAGCCAUGUUGGUACAAUCAUUGGCAAUAUUAUAAAAAAAUUAAUAAUAAUUAAAUCCAGCCCAUUGGAAUGUAGCAUGCCGUACAAGGGAAGCUUUUAAUGUUUAACAGACUACUGUAUUUUAAUACUUUGUUGGAAGGUGCCCAGAGUGGCUGGGGAAACCCAGCCAGAUGGGCGGGGUAUAAAUAAAUUAUUAUUAUUAUUAUUAUUAUUAUUAUUAUUAUUAUUAUUAUUACAAAGUUAAGAAUCUCAUCUGUGGCCCUCAGAAUAUUGUCAAAAAGUUUCCUCGACUUUGACUUAAAAUGGCUAACAAGAGUUUGUUUUUCUCCAUUAGGUUGACAGUGUGGCAGAUGCAGAACUUCCACCCGAAGAGGAACAACAAGCAACGCAAAGGAAAAGGACCCUUGUUCUAAAUGCAGAUCCCGUUGCUGCAGCCGAGAAGGAAGAACCCUCCAACAACGGCCUUUCGAACUCUGUAGCAACCACUGAGGCUCUGGAAGAUACCAUUUCUGAGAAUGUGUCUCCUAACACAACUUCCUCUGUGGAGGAACAGAGUGAAGAAGGAGGCUCUGACACUCCAGAGGCCCCCGUUGUUCUAGGCCAGGGCGCUUUAAUGAUGGUUGAACUGGAGGAUAUCUCGUACUCGCAUCACCCAGAAGGGCAAAAGAACCAACUGGAUGAACAGUCUGAAGAGUCAGCUGAACCCGCCUCUGAGAAAGCCGCAGACAGCAGUUCAGAGGAUGUGGAAAUCGAAGUGCCCGUAGUGGAUAGGCGGACCUUAAGAAGGAAGGCCAAAGGAUACAAAGGACCACCCAAGAAAAAAGGAAAGCUCAUUUGA